CGGAAGUGCCCGUCCUGGACGUCAUGGGUCUUCCAGCGGCGUGGAUUGGCUGGUUUCGAUCUCGUCAGGCUUCGCCCCUCCUCCGGCUGUGCCGCAGGGUUUGGUUGACUCUCUGCAGUGUAGCGCUCGACAUUUGAGGCGGAGUGGGAGUACUUUGUGUGCGCUGGGGGAGUGGGAGACCGUGUCCCCGGUGUCAGGUAACUUCCUCCAUGGCUCCCAGUGAGCCGGCAUAGUGUAACUCUCCAUCCAUGGAGCAGGGGGAGCUCCCAGUGCGGCCUGGCCCUCCAUAGCCUGUCACAGGGGGCUUCAGGGCAUCAGCAGAGCCCCCAGUACAUGGAAACCCCUGGAGACAGCUAUAUUCUCUGUGACAGGGGGCAGGCAGGCAGGCAACCUUCUGCACUCCACAUGUUAUGGACUACAUCUCCCAUAAUGUGCUGGCAGGGCUACAUCUCCCAUAAUGCGCUGGCAGGGCUACAGCUCCCAUAAUGUGCUGGCAGGGCUACAUCUCCCAUAAUGUGCUGGCAGGACUACAUCUCCCAUAAUGUGCUGGCAGGGCUACAUCUCCCAUAAUGCGCUGGCAGGGCUACAUCUCCCAUAAUGCGCUGGCAGGGCUACAUCUCCCAUAAUGCGCUGGCAGGGCUACAUCUCCCAUAAUGCGCUGGCAGGGCUACAUCUCCCAUAAUGCGCUGGCAGGGCUACAUCUCCCAUAAUGCGCUGGCAGGGCUACAUCUCCCAUAAUGCGCUGGCAGGCUACAUCUCCCAUAAUGCGCUGGCAGGGCUACAUCUCCCAUAAUGUGCUGGCAGGGCUACAUCUCCCAUAAUGCGCUGGCAGGGCUACAUCUCCCAUAAUGCGCUGGCAGGGCUACAUCUCCCAUAAUGCGCUGGCAGGGCUACAUCUCCCAUAAUGCGCUGGCAGGGCUACAUCUCCCAUAAUGCGCUGGCAGGGCUACAGCUCCCAUAAUGCGCUGGCAGGGCUACAGCUCCCAUAAUGCGCUGGCAGGGCUACAUCUCCCAUAAUGCGCUGGCAGGGCUACAUCUCCCAUAAUGCGCUGGCAGGGCUACAUCUCCCAUAAUGCGCUGGCAGGGCUACAUCUCCCAUAAUGCGCUGGCAGGGCUACAUCUCCUAUAAUGCGCUGGCAGGGCUACAUCUCCCAUAAUGCGCUGGCAGGGCUACAUCUCCCAUAAUGCGCUGGCAGGGCUACAUCUCCCAUAAUGCGCUGGCAGGGCUACAGCUCCCAUAAUGCGCUGGCAGGGCUACAGCUCCCAUAAUGCGCUGGCAGGGCUACAGCUCCCAUAAUGCGCUGGCAGGGCUUCAGCUCCCAUAAUGCGCUGGCAGGGCUACAGCUCCCAUAAUGCGCUGGCAGGGCUACAUCUCCCAUAAUGCGCUGGCAGGGCAUUAUGGGAGAUGUAGUCCAUAACAUCUGGAGAGCAGAAGAUUGCCUGCUUAUUCCCUGCUCUAUGAGGUGUGUGCCUUGGUGCCAAUGGGCAUGAUCUGGGUGAAGUGCUGCCAGGUUCGCCAUUGUUUAAUGGACACACUGCCCUCAUACAGGUUACAGGAAAAGUGCUGCCCUGCAGUGUGUAGAGUUAAUGUAUAGUGUGAGAGGUCAGUCAGUUAUUGGGACUAGGGUUAUUAGCAGAAUAUCUGCCUUGAGCAUUUUUGACUUCUCUCAUGGUGCAUAUAAAGGCUGUAUGUUACAGGGCAGCGCUAUUCACGUCAUGCCCAUCUAAGCUCAUUUGAGCUGGCCCUCAACACCCUCUAGAUAUUUGGUUACCAAUAUACUCAUCUCUUAGCCUGCCCAUUAUGUUGGCGCUAUAAUAAUAAUGUGUUCAGAAAACACUGUGACUUGGGCAAAUGUAAUUGGGGUUUCUCUGCACAUUGUAAAACAUGCUAUUGUACAGACUAAUUUAGUGAUGCAUAUAUAGUCCAUCCAAUCCAGUAUACACAAUCACUUGUGCAUGGCCAGCAUUGGUAAAAAAAUGAACAUGAAAAUUCCUAUAGUUAAUAUCUAAAUAUGUUCAGGUGGUCACUUUAUAAAACUGUUAAACUCUCAGUAUAUAGAGCUGUUAUUUUUCACUUGUAUGUGAUACAUUUUGAUAGUCACUACUGGUAUAGAGGAAAUGGUGCUGUCUUGCCCUCAUUGGAAGUUUUAUCUAAAUAUUUCUCAUCUUUUAAUGUCUUUGGUAUUUUCUACAUCCAUUAAAUUAUUUUUGAAAGUGUGAAUUGAUAGAAAUUGAAAACUUUAGGCCGAAAUAGCCAAACUGAAAGCAUGGUUGCCUUGUAGAAUAAUUUGAUUAAAGCUGCUGUGGCUAAAUUUGAAGUUUACUUUUAAUUCCAGUCACUUGUUUGUGACUAACCCUGGUAAGAACUGUCAAAAGUUGUCCAAGGCUUAUUGUUGCAUUAUUUUGUGAUGGGCCAAUUUAUUAUUUUUAUGCUUUCUAAGCAUCACAAUAAACAAAGUAUACAUUUAGUUAUGAAUGACCUAAGCAAACAUAACUCUUCAAAGUUAUAAGCUCAAUAGCACUAGUUGUAGAUGGUAGUUUUGUCCCUUAGACAGCUGCCUAUUAUUCCUGUAUACUAGGUCCUGCUCAGAUGGAAAUAGUAAUUUUUCUAAUUGCUUCAUUCAGUGGCUUUAAUGUACCCUGAAAAACUAUACUUAUACUCAAACAAGAACGAUUGUAAACUUAUGCUGGAUUUGUGGAUACAUCACUUGCCAUCUUUUUGCUUAUACAAUGUUAUGCACUAAAGAGAGAACUGUCAGGAAUUCAAAGUGAAUUUCAAAUUUAAGGUCCAAAAUUCUCAGUUUGGCUAUUUUGGCUUUUAAUUUGAAAAUGCUAAGCAGUUAUUUUUCUAUAUUCUAAUUUGCCUCUAGUCUGGAUUCCUGUCAUAGAAACCCAGGACAAUGAGAUAAUUUUUAAAUGAUUUGUCAUUUUAAUACUUUUUUUUUUUUUUUUUUGUGGUCAAAAGCUGAAGGUGUUGCAUAGUAGAAAUUAUAGUGGGUUUUUUUGUUUUCCUUCUGAAAAUGUACUUUUCUGGUGCUGAAGUAACUUAAGAUUGUUGGACUGUAGUUUAAGCUAUUUGUGUAGGUAGCUUUUAGAUGUGCAUUUGAUUUCCAAGUCUUGGCCUAUUUCCAUAUAACAUUAUAACACAUCAGUCUUGUUUUUUGAACUAGUAAAAUCAUUGGUAAUCUUUGUAAAUGUUGUAAACUUUGUAUGUUACAGAAGUGUUUUUUCUUUUUUUUUCUUUUCUACUUAUAUUACAGAUGUACAAAAAAAUGGAUUGAUAUUUUGUUGUUUAAAGAUUUACUCCAACCAAAAAAGUUUCCCUCACCUCAAACAUAUUUAUUUAUAGGCGCUGAGGCCAAGUUCUCCUUUCAUCCCAAUUUUUCUCUGCUAAUGUCAUUCCCACUAUCUACCAGCAGAGAGAUGUAGGGCUAGCGUGCUUGGCAGAGGAGAGGACAUAGGCAACAUGUGGGGAUGCCACCAUUGGACACGUGUUGCCAGCAUGCUGUGUGUGUGCUGCCGUCAGAUGUCCAAUAUGCAAAUAGUUGAUAUUGGACAUGGUCUUUUGACUCCCCAAUGAUGCUGCCAACAGUGGAGCGGUACAUCUGGCAGGAAAUAGGUUAAACUCUGUAUGUUUGGCGUUUCAUAGUGAAAUGCUGGACAUACAGACUCCAAAUAACACUACUUGAAAUCACUGAAGUGCUCAUAGUGCUUAGAGUAAUUAUUUAAGACUUUGAUUUGUCACAACUACACUAAAAUUAGAGAUGAUGUUUUUCUUAGGUUUUCGGGUUUACUAUUUGUUUCUUAAAGGCAAAUUACACCAUAGAAUAAAAUUGUGAAAUCACUUUUAACUCUCUUGUUAACCAUUUCUUGUGAUACUGUUUUCUUUUAAGUGUAACAUCACAAUCCAGUUUAUUCCACACCAGUCCACAUUGUGCAUUGUUUUUUCUCUCUGUGCUUGGUCUAGCUGAAUUCCACAUGUAAAGGACAGAGCUUAUAUGAAUGACUGACAGGGGCCAAGAUGGAGUCACUAGGAUAGAGCAAUGUGAAUUCUAUAUUUUACAUAUCACAAAUGCAUAUGUUAAAUGUAUAGGCUAUGCAAGCAUAAUAAAAAUAUUUGGUAGUGCCUUUUGAAUCCUGUAAUACUCGCCCUAUAUACUGUUGAUUGUCUGUAGAGAGCAGUAAACUCUGGAUACCUACAUUUUUCUAUAUUUUAUUGAUGGUCAUGUUUCUGUGCCAUGAUUAUCUCAUAUCCUGACAGAGUACUUAACAAUUGAUGUCUUUAAAUUAAAUUCAGCCUUAUAGUAGAAAACUAAUUGUCAAUAUUUAGGUUUAAAAAAUAAUAUUCUCUGUUAGUGGCUUGAAUGAAGCCAACAAAAAAUAUCUUUCAGGAUCCCAAAUUGCAUUUCAUACAACUUUCUCACCGUUGCUGUACUUAUUUGCACUUCAGUGGAAAAGCUUAGUAAAAAAACAUAUUUGGGGAUUUCUAAUAUGUUGGCUUAGGAGCGUGUUGACAGAUACCUGUGUGUGUGUGUGUGUAUAUGUACGCAUGCGCGCGCAAAAAGGGUGCACUCACAGGACUUCAAAAUUAAUAAGUGGUUUAAUGUGGAAAAUCUAAAUUUGCAUCAAGUCGAUGUUUCAAACCCUCCACAUCGAAAUGUCGAUUUCAUGGAGAUGUAAAUUUAUAUUUUCCACAUUAAACCACUUAUUCAUUUUGAAGUCCUGUGAGUGCACCCCUUAUUCUAUUUGUUUAUACUUUUACGCGGGUAAGCAACCAGGCACAGAAGCUUUUUUUUUUGUUAAUAUAAGUAAGGAGAGCGCAGAAUAUAUAUCCAAAAUAAGAAACUAACUGGAAAGUUGCCUGUUAAAAAAUAAAUAAAAAAAUAUAUAUAUCUAUCUAUCUCUAACAGGCAACUUUCCAGUUAGUUUCUUAUUUUGGAGUGAUUUAUUCAGUUAGGAAAGGAUUACCUAUACACAUUACACUAGAAAACUAAUGAAAUGUAAACUGAAAUGCAACCAAAAAGAUCUGUUCAACAAAGGACCUGGAAAAGUUUAAAAAUUAAAUUUAAGUCUGACAUUGUUAUCCAUCUUUUACUUUUUAUGUUUUUGUUUUAGUAAAAUUGUGUAUUGACAUAAACGCUGUACUUUACAGCUUUUCUUGUAAUUCUGUCUCUGCAUAUUUUAUCUAGUAGAUAAUUUCAAUUAUGUCAAAUUUAGAUAUUAUUUGAUUAAAAAAUGGGUUUAACAGAAGGCUUAAAUGACUGUUAAAAUACACAUUUUAACCAGUCCUUCACAAAUGUCUGCUAUAAACAUGUUCUCGCGGUUUGCAUGAAAUAUUGUGCCGACAUUCUUUGAAUUUAACAGGAGUGAGGAACAUACUUCUCUGCAGAGAGCACUUCUCACAUCAAGUGGUAAGAUUUUCUAAAUUCAUGCAACCUGAUGACCAUUUUACUUGCCUUGUGUUGCCAGCACUCAUUUUGAAGCCAUUUUCAUAGGUCUGUCAACAUGCUUCCAUUGCUGGUUCCUAGGAUAUAUGGAUGUUUGCCACCCAUAUUCAAGGUAUUGAACUUGGCAGUGAUUUAAGGGUAAUUCACUAAAAUAUGAAUUUGUGGUCAAAAUAGCACUGGAAAAAGACAUUGGUUAAUACAUACAGUAUAGUGUUUAGGACUUUGUAUUUUUCUGUCUGCCAUGUGGGUAUUUAAAAUAUUUAUUUUGGAUGCUUUUGUGCUUAAUCGGUUUCCUCCUGCUUAAAUAAAUGGAGCAUCUGGAUUUAGUGAAGCUACUCCUAGUUUUCUUUUCUAACAGGGUAAACUUUUCACACUCUAUGGCAUUGUUUAUACAAACCAUUUUAGAGUACUUACCUCUUGGCUUGCUCCUGACUCCUUAGGUUUAUGUGUGUGGCCAAAAAUGAAAGCUAUGUGAUUGUAUUUAACCCUUGCAGUACCUUAAUGAUGCUGAUUUGCAUUGGAAGCUUUCCAGACCAUUUAUUGGUGCCGACAUCUGCAAAGUGACAGAGCCAAGGGCAUCUCAUCUCUCUCAGAAUGAUAUAGGACAGAAAGUAGAUAUGCCUCCAUUAUUAUAAAAAUCGGAAACCACAGUGCAGACACAAGGGGAAAAGGCUUCCCUCGGUGGUGAAAUUUGCUGUUUUAAAAUUAAUUUUAGACUGUCACUAAGCAUGCUUAAAUUAAUUUUGGUUUCUGAAACGUCCUGUAACUAUACUAUUUAUUAGUGCCACUUCUACUGUGAUUUUCUUUGCAUGCCCACCACCGAUAUUACAAAAUAAAGUUGUACAGUACUUGAAAUGCUGACGUGUGCAUGUUGAACUUACUGUAAGGGAACUGCUCUACUCAUUCUCAGUCACAUGUAAUUUAAUUCAUGAUAAAUCAUGAAUGAGUCACAGUACAUAUGAAUUAAAUAACUCACAAAUCUACUCUAAGGGAGAGAGAGAUGGCAUAUGUACAGCACUCUUACUGAAAGCAAUGUGAGAACCAGGCUUUGCUGAGAAAUCUACGCUAAUUCUCGGUGUGUAUUGUCCCUGCCAAUUUGUAGGUAACUAUAGCCAUUCAGAGGGGUGAGUAUCUCUUUAAUUGGGCUAAAUAAUGGUGUUUGCAGAUUUUCAUUAUUUAUAUAGUGACACCAUUAUCUGCGGAGCUUUACAACUAAUAGAAUGGAGAUAGUUGACAAGCAAUUGACAUACACAAUGAGACAAGAGGUGAAGAAGGCCCUGGUCAAACAAGCUUACAUAUGAGGAAGGGGGUACGGGCACACAAUGAGAGAUAAAGAAUGUAUAACAUGUAGCUAAAUAAUGUUCCAGAUUGUUACAACACACACAACUGUGCUGCUUCUCACAGUAUGACAAAGAGUGAGCAGCACUCACUCCAAAGUAUUAUCUAAUGAUAACAUUAUUUUUAUAGAUUGAAUAUGUUUCAAGGCAGUGAGCGAGGAAGAAUGGGUGCAGUGUCAGUUGGGGACUUUUUAGACUGCUAAUUUUCUCUCCCAGUUUGCUGAUUCAUCUCUUCAGAACUUUAUUGAACUAGUACAGAGGGUAAUAUGAAGUUUUAUCUCUGGAAUAUUUUGGGACUCUUCUUUCAAAGGGACACUAAGUCUCUCUAACUCAAGUCAACUUUAGCUUAAAGGGUUACUCCAUCUCUGACAGCUUCAUGACUAGAGUUCCAGGUUGGCUAAUAUCAAUUCUGUGCAAAUUGUACUGCUAUUAAUCUAGGAGCCAGUUGAAAAGGUUGGAAGCCAGUUUUUGUUUUAAAACAAAGCAUUAUUUUAAACAACAACAAAAAUAAAUUCGUAAAUCCACAACCGCUUAAUAUAGUGGUUCUGGUGUCUAUAACCUGUCCCUGCAGUGUUUACAUUGCUGCCUAGUAACAUCUUUAGUGGCAGUCACUCAGGUGGUCACUAGAGAUGCUUCCUAUGCAUUUAGUGUCUCCACUCACUGCAUGGAGGCGUUCAACGUUUACCAUAGAGAUGCAUUGAUUCAAUGCAUCUGUAUGAGGGGAUGCUGAUUGGUGCAGCGUUUUGACGCACAUGUAGGAAAGAAUUGAGUUGGAUGAAAUCCUCAAGAUUGAAUUAUUACCAGCCGCAGUGAGAUCAGCGCAGUGUUUGGGGAAAAAAGAAAAUUUUAUUUGAGUGUCUUUUUUCAUCCACAACUAUCUCUACCUCAAAGUAUAGUUUUCCUGUUGUAUUCAACCUAUCUCUCUUGGGAUAACCCCUGCUGGCCUGGGGAGGGUGGGAGAGGAAAUAACAUAUGAACUCCGGUAUGUAACAGUAGGAUUUUGUGUCAGGAGAUCAACAGCCUCUGCUGCAGUCUUCCCAGCUAGGCCUCAACAUAUCAAUGCCGAAGAAAUACUUCCAGCAUUAAACUUAUUAUUUUAGAUCUAAGGGGAUAAAAGCUAAAGAAAUCUUUCCGGUGUCCAACUGACUUUUAGGGUAAGAAAUUUGUACAAAGAGAAGUCCAUACAGUGAACGUCACUUUUAUCCACUUUUUGAAUUAUAUUAUUAACGCAUUAUCUGUGUAACCUAAUAAUAAAGUGUCUCCUUCCCACCGACUGUCCUGUUGACAAAUCUUAUAGUAAUGUAUCUGUUUUCUAGUCUUAAUCAAAACAUACAAAAUUCAUGUGUACCAAGUGAAGCCUGAGACUCCAUUAACAAAAAAGGUUUAAAAUAUGUUGUGCAACUACAAGAUAUGAAAACACAAUACAUUGAAAUUAAUACAACAAAACUCAAAUUUUAACUCCUUGCCGUUGCUGUAAUUCUUUAGUGUGCUCAGACCAGGAACACAGCCAAUCACAGGGUUCCUUGUAGUAGUGCCCAAGCCUACCUUAAAAAGCAGGACUUAUAGAGGUCAGCCAAGUGUUCUGUAUGAUACAGGUCAUUAAUCAGCAUUCUCCUGUCAUACUAGUAAGUGAACUACAAUUUUCUUUGCAGCCUUUUGGAGUAGUGGAUAUAGGCAUAGAAAAAAGAUAGCAAUUUUUUUUUGUAACUGUGAGGGGAGGGUUUAUAUUCACAGUAUGGUAAUCUGCUUGUCAUUACACAAAAUAAUUUCAAUUUGUGACCCCUGCUUAGAGCCUUGGACAAUGACCUGAUUAUUCUCUAAAUUCACAAUUUUCAAGAACUAACAAACUGAGGUGAAAGUCUGGAGUCUCUGCACUCAAUCUCUUCUUCAGUUAUAACCUUAUACUGAGUGUGUGGAGUAUGUAUCCUGGUUGUGUAAUGUGGUGGUUUGCCCGCCUCCUGCAUAACAUUUUCUUCAGGGGGUAGGGGUAUAGUUUCUUGUGGUCUGUUUGGUUCGGUUCCUGGUCGCCCUGUGUGGGCUACAUCUCAAGUUGGUUCAGGCCACAUUAAACAUGCUCUCAUUGUCCCUGCACUCAGUUAGAGCAGACCCCCUAGCUUGCACAUGCACUCUGAUUAGGGAGUGUGAUUACUGUGGCUACAACUGCUGGAGUGAAGACCGUAUGCUCCAUGAGCCUGCCCUCCACAUACCCCAUAACAACCCUGUCACUUGCCCACUGCAAUGCUAAAUUUGAGUAGAUUUGCAAUUUAUCUCUGCAUAUCCUCUCUAGCUCUGUCAGGUUGGAUGAACACCUUUGGGCAGACAUUUUAGGUCUCUCCAGAAAUGUUCUAUUGGGUUCAAGACCAGUCUCUGGCCUCAUAAGCAUUAUUCUAUAAUUGUGGCUAUGUGCUUAGCAUCAUUGUCCUGUUGGAUGGUGAACUUUCAGUCCAUUCUGGAUCCUGAGUGUGUUUGUUUUUUUUUUUUUUAUUAAGGAUAUCUGUUUAUCUGCGUUUUAGCUUUCCCUCAACCUUGACCAGUCUCUGCUGUUACAAAAACUCAUCUAAAGGGAUAGAAUACCUGUCGUUUUUUUGUUUAUUUUUUUUUAUAAAUUUUCCAAAUUUUUUAAAAAUCUGAUUUGUCAUAAUGGUAUAUUGAGUUUAGAAUGAUAUGGGAAAAAUAUUUAAACAAUUGUAGCAUAAGGCUGUAACACAGAAAACAUGAAAACAUUAAGUCCUCUAAAUGCUUUGUAUAGUGUGUGUGUGUGUGUGUAUAUAUAUAUAUGUGUGUAUAUAUGUAUAUGUGUGUAUAUAAUUUUUUUUUUUUUAUAUUUCUUAUACAUGUGUCCUCUGUUAUUUCUACAGUCAUCACUGGGGUAAGCUAUGCUUGUGCGGUAAGCUUGCUUGUGAAUUAGGUUAACCACAAUUUCUUUAAAAAACAGAAUAUUCCCACAAGAAGAAAAAAAAUAUAAUUAACAUGCAUUUCUUAUUGGGGCUGCAAGUGUAAAAUUAUGAAAUUGCAUUCAGAUAUGUAGUUAUCAGGUAGAUAUCCAGCUGUUCUGGAACAGCAUCAUCCUAAAAUUAAAAUCUCAGAUUCUUUCCUUGGUAAGAGUCCAUGAGUUGUGAUGUGUGAAAAAUAUCUCUCUCAACCAGAGAAGGUAUAAACGCCCAAAAUCCAAUUCUUCAGCAUGCUCUUCCGUCUUUAAGCCCAACCUUAAAAAUCUUCAGUUCUGUUUUGGUCUGGAGGAAGGUGGACUCAUGAAAGCCCUUACUGAAGUAAGAAGAUCUUUUUAAUUUAUUAUGUUUUUAUUUUUUUUUAUUUUAAAUAUUACAAUUUGCAGUGCGGAUGUGUUAUACAGGGAGUGCAGAAUUAUUAGGCAAAUGAGUAUUUUGACCACAUCAUCCUCUUUAUGCAUGUUGUCUUACUCCAAGCUGUAUAGGCUCAAAGCCUACUACCAAUUAAGCAUAUUAGGUGAUGUGCAUCUCUGUAAUGAGAAGGGGUGUGGUCUAAUGACAUCAACACCCUAUAUCAGGUGUGCAUAAUUAUUAGGCAACUUCCUUUCCUUUGGCAAAAUGGGUCAAAAGAAGGACUGGACAGGCUCAGAAAAGUCAAAAAUAGUGAGAUAUCUUGCAGAGGGAUGCAGCACUCUUAAAAUUGCAAAGCUUCUGAAGCGUGAUCAUCGAACAAUCAAGCGUUUCAUUCAAAAUAGUCAACAGGGUCACAAGAAGCGUGUGGAAAAACCAAGGCGCAAAAUAACUGCCCAUGAACUGAGAACUGCAACAUCACUGGAGUGCCCAAAAGCACAAGGUGUGCAAUACUCAGAGACAUGGCCAAGGUAAGAAAGGCUGAAAGACGACCACCACUGAACAAGACACAAGCUGAAACGUCAAGACUGGGCCAAGAAAUAUCGCAAGACUGAUUUUUCUAAGGUUUUAUGGACUGAUGAAAUGAGAGUGAGUCUUGAUGGGCCAGAUGGAUGGGCCCGUGGCUGGAUUGGUAAAGGGCAGAGAGCUCCAGUCCGACUCACACGCCAGCAAGGUGGAGGUGGAGUACUGGUUUGGGCUGGUAUCAUCAAAGAUGAGCUUGUGGGCCUUUUCGGGUUGAGGAUGGAGUCAAGCUCAACUCCCAGUCCUACUGCCAGUUCCUGGAAGACACCUUCUUCAAGCAGUGGUACAGGAAGAAGUCUGCAUCCUUCAAGAAAAACAUGAUUUUCAUGUAGGACAAUGCUCCAUCACACGCGUCCAAGUACUCCACAGCGUGGCUGGCAAGAAAGGGUAUAAAAGAAGAAAAAUCUAAUGACAUGGCCUCCUUGUUCACCUGAUCUGAACCCCAUUGAGAACCUGUGGUCCAUCAUCAAAUGUGAGAUUUACAAGGAGGGAAAACAGUACACCUCUCUGAACAGUGUCUGGGAGGUUGUGGUUGCUGCUGCACGCAAUGUUGAUGGUGAACAGAUCAAAACACUGACAGAAUCCAUGGAUGGCAGGCUUUUGAGUGUCCUUGCAAAGAAAGGUGGCUAUAUUGGUCACUGAUUUGUUUUUGUUUUGUUUUUGAAUGUCAGAAAUGUAUAUUUGUGAAUGUUGAGAUGUUCUAUUGGUUUCACUGGUAAUAAUAAAUAAUUGAAAUGGGUAUAUAUUUGUUUUUUGUUAAGUUGCCUAAUAAUUAUGCACAGUAAUAGUCACCUGCACACACAGAUAUCCCCCCAACAUAGCUAAAACUAAAAACAAACUAAAAACUACUUCCAAAAAUAUUCAGCUUUGAUAUUAAUGAGUUUUUUUGGGUUCAUUGAGAACAUGGUUGUUGUUCAAUAAUAAAAUUAAUCCUCAAAAAUACAACUUGCCUAAUAAUUCUGCACUCCCUGUAUAUCGAGGGACACCUUGUCCCUUUACUAAGUUCUUUUAUGGUUUAUGUCCUGACCAAUUAUGCAUGGGAGUGGCAAUUUUCCCCUGGUGACUUCACCUGAAGCAUGCUGAGCAACAGGUCUUCUUUGUUAUGCAGUGAUUUCUCCUCAUUAAAGUCCCGAUUGUUAAUCCUAUUACAGACAGGAUGAGGCCAGGAUUGAGCUCCUGCUGUGUAUAUCCUCUCUGAUGAAGGCACCCUAGCACCAGGUUCUCUAUCAAUGUUCCCCCCUGGCCACCCUGUCUUCCAUAUAACAAACCAGGGUGUGAAUGAGUUACCCUGAAAGAUCAGACCUAGAGGCAUUGUGACCCUGAAGAGAAGCCAAGCAGUAAUUCUGCCCCAGGCCCCCCAUAUUGUUGAUAAACGGACUACAAGCAGAACAAAUUUUUUUUUAUUUUGCACAGUCUGCAUCGUUAAAGCAGCUUGGUCACCCAUACAAAUACCCACAUUGACUGUGUUGGAAUUUUAUUGAAGUUCCAACUCGGUCAAAAGAUAUCAUAAAACAAAGUAAUCCCCAGACUUUCUUGUGGAUUUUUCCUUUACUUAGGGCAACUGUGGAUAUAAAUUGCAUUGUAUCACUGGUCACAAGACAAUAUCUAUGGAGGCUCCCUCUGUCUCCUACAUUGACGUCUGUUCUGGUCCACUAAGAGUACAGCACUGGUGUGGGCUCCUGGGGGAUGAAUCUCCAGUAGCUAAAAAAAGAAAAGGAUAGUUGUGCCCAUGGGGGACACCACACCCCUGGACCACCACAAACCAAGCAGCAAUGUCACGAUCGGUAUCUUUCCAAAAUAUGCAAAGACCGCAGAAAGGGACAGAACCAUUUUAAUGUGCCCAUCAUUGAGAUUUUAGAUUACUUAUUUAAUUUGGAAACCUGGAGAGAGGCUCCUUAUUUGGGUUCUUGUUCACAGUACUAUGAACAUGUGUGUGGAUAUUUUAAAACAAACUCUACCAGUCCAAGGGGGUAUAGCGGUAGGCCUAUGUCCUUGUCUAGAUACACACAAUAAUUUCAGAUUGGGGUACUUGCCUAGAGCUCUAGACAUAGACAGAAUUAUUGACUAUAAAAGUGGAAAAACUGAGAAAAAAAGAUGAUCUGGAAAAAAUCAUACACAGCAAUAGUCACAAUUUGUCUUUAUAUGCAGAUUUAAUAUGUGAAAAAUCAGAGAUUAGUGAAUAACCCUGACUGUUUCACCCUUUGAUGUGUCCCUCUAAUGAGUUUGUGUGUGUGCGUGUGUGUGUGCGCGCGCAGGCUGUAUGUAAUAUCUGCUGUGUCUGUGUAUGUGCGUGCGCGCGCUUUACCUGUUUGGUGUGCACCUGCUGUGUGUAGAAUCUGUGAUGUGCCCCAGUUUGUGUGUCUUUCUUGCUCUCUAAACUCCCAAUAGUGUAUUUGCUCUAUUCCUUCCGGUAGAUUCCCUGUCACUAGCCUACCCCAUUAAUGUCCCUCUAUUAACCCUCCCCUGUUGUUGUCCCUGACCAUAACUCGCCAAGUUUGUCUGCCCACAACCUUCAUAAUGCUGCUCCUUUGCGACUCCCCAUCUCCAGUCAAUCAGGGAGUAGUCAUGUAAUAUGUCCCGACCCCUCAAAAAAAGCCGCCAACGUGAAGUGGAGACUGAAGCUACACAGCGGGAAAGGACAGCAGCUUGGUCCAUGCUACAAAGUAAGGCGGACCUCCGAGAAUUUCAGGCACUAGGAAAAUAAGGCCAAAUGCAUCCUGGAGCAGCCCUGCCUCUUGCCAGUGGUAGGGGUAAGGGCAGAUUAAAACCUGCCUGCCCAUCGCCUGAACUAUAUAUUAUUAUUAUUAUUAUUAUUAUUAUUAUUAUUAUUAUUAUUUAUAUAGUGCCAGCAAAUUCCAUAGCUCUGUAUCCCUGCGUGUCGUAUAUAAACGUUGUGUAGGAUUGAUAAGAUGUUUCCUGUUUUUGGGUUGAGGUUGAAUCCUCAAUCAGGAUUUCUCUGCCAAGUCAAAAUGAUCAAGGAAAUGGCUGUUAUAGCAGUGGGAAGUAUGAUGUCAAACUCUUUCCUUAAUGCUGCAAAGUCAUGGAUCUGAUUCAAACUGUUGGAACUAGAAGUGAUGAGCAUAUUAUAAUUUAAAAGUAGACCAUGCAGGACAACACAUAUUCUUAUUACAGUUGUUGUGUAGCCCAAGUCCCUUCUAGCUGUUGAAAAUUGCGCUCUGAUACAACAACCAAGGUUUUUGUCAAUAAACAGAGAUUAUAUAUAAUUUAUUUAUUUUGCAGGGUGAGAUCUGUGAAGGAAUCUGUAUUUCCCCUAGAUUUAUAGAAAGGCAUAUAACAUUUAACCCCAGGGGGAGAACUUGUUGUGUUUAGUUAUGGGCCCCUGGGGUGGAGCAUUUGGAGAGCAGGGUGGGCCAGUGCUCCACUCCACUGUUUGUUGUUUUUUUUUUUUUUUUGGGUGACAGAAGUCCAAACCAGGUAUUUGCACUGUCUCCAACCUAUUGCUCAGCUGGAGGCAAUACGAUACAGCAGUCGGAAUAAAACGGGAUUGCUGGUUUCCUCCCUGGAAGCAGGUAGGAGAGACGCUGUUCUCUCCUGUGAGAAAGUUGGAAAGCAGCAGACUAGCUUGAAGCACUGAAAGUGCAGAGAGUCAGGAGUGAAGGUGACUGAGCACUGGGCUGCAGGAAAAGUUAACAUGGAACAAGGCUGGUGAAACCUAAGUUGUGUUUUUUUUUUUUAUAAAUUCUUUAUUUGUAAAGAUUUGAUUUUAGGGGGUAAGGAUACAGAAGAGAAAUAGGGAGUAGACAGUUACAAAUUGGUUCAUAAUGCAUUUGCAUUUGCUUUUCUAGUCGAACCAUUGUCAAAUUCAUUUGGUCACAUCAUUCUUUCUAGGUGUUUGCGUUAUUUGCUUAUUUACCCAGUGCUUCCUUUUGUUCUGUGUGGUAGUUCGGUAGUCUACUGAUUGGGGUGGGGUACAGAAAAAAGAGGGGAGGGGGGUAGGAUACCCUGUUGUUUUGCCUUUUUGUCGUUAAUCUAGUGUAGUAUCCUCUUGCUAAGUUUUGGGUCAGGUUUGUCGUUUGCCUUUCGGUUAUGUGAGUAUGUGGAUUGGUUGGUUUGGGUUGUUGGGUUGCAGCACUUCUCUUUGGUGUCUGUGGGUGUGGAGGGGUGUGGGUUGGGGCGCGUGUGUGAGAUGGUUGUCUGUCUCUUCAUCGCUUGUGUAGCGUUUUGGAUGGUGUGUGUGGUCGUCUAUGGUGUUGUUUAGUCGUGUGUGUGUGAGUGUUGGCUUGUGUUGGAGUUUCGGUCUGGAGUGGUCUGUGAUUUCUCUGUGUCUCCUAUGGGGUAGGGCGUUUCGCCCCAUUUCUCCCUGGGUUAGUGGGUGGUUAUUUGUUAUGUUCACUGAGUGAUCUUUUCCAUGAGUUCAACUUCUCCCCCUUUUGUUUUCUUGGUCCUGAAAUGGGUUUGCCCCUUGCAGUUUUCUGUGUAUUUUCGGGUAUCGGUUGUUAUUAAUUAGUCUCCCUCUGUGGGGGUGGUUUGUAUGCUGUGUGUUUGAUGGGUUAGGUUGUUCUUUUAGGGAUGUGUUAUGGGGAGGCCUCAUCUCUUGCGGUGAGUGUGUAUGUUGCGUCAACGUGUUGUUGUUUAAGGUAGGGUCGGGAAUUCGUAGAUCCAGGGGUCCCAAAUCUUGUUGAAGUGUUUGGUCGUGUCAUGAAUUAGGGCGGACAGUUCGUCCAUUUUUAUUGUGUCUUUGAUUUUCCGCUUGAUUGUGUCUAUUGCUGGUAUGUCCGGGCUUCCCCAUUUUUCUGCAAUUGCUCUUCUCGUGGCCAGAGCAAUUUUGGCAAUGAGUUUGUUUUGGGCCCUUGGAGUGCCUUCCAGGGGUUUAGACAAGAGCCAUAUCCAUGGGUCCAGUGGAAUGUUUGUAUGUAAGACCUGUGAUACCAUGGUAGCUGUUUGGUGCCAUAGUUGCGCUGUGUGGGGACACUCCCACCACAUGUGGAUGUACGUUCCCUUCUGUCCGCAGCCCUUCCAGCAUGAGUCGUUGUCUGACCUGCCCAUCUGUUUGAGUUUUAGGGGCGUGAGAUACCACCUCAUGAGCGUCUUGUAAGCUUGUUCUUUAUGGUUAACGCAUAUUGAGAUGGUCGCUGUGGCUUCCCAAAUAUCGGCCCAGUCUGAUGGGUCCUCCGCUGGACCUAUGUCCCUCUCCCAAGCCGACACGUAUGUGAGUGCUCCGUCUUUAAUGUGUUGUAUUAUGUGUGAGUAUAUCUCUGAGAUUUGGCCUUUGCGGGCUGGUGUUUGUAGGCAUUGUUUUUCGAAAAGGGUCUUCGUUCUGGUCCCCCCUGAGUUAUUGUCGGUGUUUCCAGAAAGCUUUUUAUUUGUAAGUGGCGGAACAUGUCAAAGGUGCGGAACGGGGUGGUUUGUGGAAGUUCCGUGAAUGGGAUUGGUUCGCCAUCUUUGUAGAAGUGGUAUAGCCUGGUUAGGUCAUUAUCUUCGAAGCGGGUAAAGUCUUUGGGCGUCAUGCCCGGUGGGAAUUGUGUGUUCCGGAGUAUGGGGGUUAGCGGUGAUGGUUGGGUUGUAAGCCCACUUUUGUGCGUUAUAUUAACCCAUAUCUUGAUAGUGUUUAGGAUUGCGGGGGAUGUUUUGGGUAGGGGGGGCCGCGCUGGGCCAGGCAGCCAUAUGUACAUGGAGGGGAAAUCCCUGCCAAAAAUAUCAUGCUCCAGGUCGACCCAUCUCUUUGCCCCUGGUAUAACGUGCCAGUUCUGUGCUUGUGUUAGUUGUGCGGCCUGAUAAUAGUGGGUGAGGUGUGGUAGGCCUAGACCACCUUGUUUGUUGGGUACGUAUAGGGUUUGUCUUUUUAUCCUGGCGCGUCUGUUGGCCCAAAUAAAUUUAUCAAUCUUGGUUUGCAGCUGUUUGAAAUCUGUGGUGCGUAUUGGGAUUGGGAGGGUUUGGAACAGGUACAGGGAGUGCAGAAUUAUUAGGCAAAUGAGUAUUUUGACCACAUCAUCAUCCUCUUUAUGCAUGUUGUCUUACUCCAAGCUGUAUAGGCUCGAAAGCCUACUACCAAUUAAGCAUAUUAGGUGAUGUGCAUCUCUGUAAUGAGAAGGGGUGUGGUCUAAUGACAUCAACACCCUAUAUCAGGUGUGCAUAAUUAUUAGGCAACUUCCUUUCCUUUGGCAAAAUGGGUCAAAAGAAGGACUUGACAGGCUCAGAAAAGUCAAAAAUAGUGAGAUAUCUUGCAGAGGGAUGCAGCACUCUUAAAAUUGCAAAGCUUCUGAAGCGUGAUCAUCGAACAAUCAAGCGUUUCAUUCAAAAUAGUCAACAGGGUCGCAAGAAGCGUGUGGAAAAACCAAGGUGCAAAAUAACUGCCCAUGAACUGAGAAAAGUCAAGCGUGCAGCUGCCACGAUGCCACUUGCCACCAGUUUGGCCAUAUUUCAGAGCUGCAACAUCACUGGAGUGCCCAAAAGCACAAGGUGUGCAAUACUCAGAGACAUGGCCAAGGUAAGAAAGGCUGAAAGACGACCACCACUGAACAAGACACACAAGCUGAAACGUCAAGACUGGGCCAAGAAAUAUCUCAAGACUGAUUUUUCUAAGGUUUUAUGGACUGAUGAAAUGAGAGUGAGUCUUGAUGGGCCAGAUGGAUGGGCCCGUGGCUGGAUUGGUAAAGGGCAGAGAGCUCCAGUCCGACUCAGACGCCAGCAAGGUGGAGGUGGAGUACUGGUUUGGGCUGGUAUCAUCAAAGAUGAGCUUGUGGGGCCUUUUCGGGUUGAGGAUGGAGUCAAGCUCAACUCCCAGUCCUACUGCCAGUUCCUGGAAGACACCUUCUUCAAGCAGUGGUACAGGAAGAAGUCUGCAUCCUUCAAGAAAAACAUGAUUUUCAUGCAGGACAAUGCUCCAUCACACGCGUCCAAGUACUCCACAGCGUGGCUGGCAAGAAAGGGUAUAAAAGAAGAAAAUCUAAUGACAUGGCCUCCUUGUUCACCUGAUCUGAACCCCAUUGAGAACCUGUGGUCCAUCAUCAAAUGUGAGAUUUACAAGGAGGGAAAACAGUACACCUCUCUGAACAGUGUCUGGGAGGCUGUGGUUGCUGCUGCACGCAAUGUUGAUGGUGAACAGAUCAAAACACUGACAGAAUCCAUGGAUGGCAGGCUUUUGAGUGUCCUUGCAAAGAAAGGUGGCUAUAUUGGUCACUGAUUUGUUUUUGUUUUGUUUUUGAAUGUCAGAAAUGUAUAUUUGUGAAUGUUGAGAUGUUAUAUUGGUUUCACUGGUAAUAAUAAAUAAUUGAAAUGGGUAUAUAUUUGUUUUUUGUUAAGUUGCCUAAUAAUUAUGCACAGUAAUAGUCACCUGCACACACAGAUAUCCCCCUAACAUAGCUAAAACUAAAAACAAACUAAAAACUACUUCCAAAAAUAUUCAGCUUUGAUAUUAAUGAGUUUUUUGGGUUCAUUGAGAACAUGGUUGUUGUUCAAUAAUAAAAUUAAUCCUCAAAAAUACAACUUGCCUAAUAAUUCUGCACUCCCUGUAUAAAAGUCGCGGCAAGGCAUUCAUUUUGACAGAAGCCAACCGGCCGAGCCAUGAUAUCGGCAUGUUUUGCCAUCUAUCGAUGUCGCGGGUGAUAUUUUGGAUCGUGGGUGUGUAGUUCAGGUCGUAGCAGAGGGAAAGGUCUGCCGGGAUGGUUAUGCCCAGAUAUUUUAUGUGGGUGAGUGUGAGGUCGAAUGGGUAUAUGUCAUGUAUAGCUGUUUUGGUGGCUGGGUCUAUGUGUAUUGGGAGGGCCUCCGUUUUGUUGAUGUUGAGCUUGUAUCCCGAGACCUCGGCGUAUGCUUUUAGGGCUUCGAGGAGUGGUGGUAGGGAUGUUGCUGGUUCUGUAAUUGUGAAGAGCAGGUCAUCUGCAUAUGCCGCCGUUUUAUAUUCUUCUUCGCGUAUUUUCAUUCCUUUUAUGUCCCUAUUGAGUCUGAGAGAUUGUAGGACUGGUUCUAGGGACAAUGCGAAGAGCACUGGGGAAAGUGGACAUCCCUGGCGUGUACCGUUAUGGAUUGUGAAGAUCGGGGGGUGUGAGUGGGAGGAGGAGGUGUGCUUGUGGUGUGGUGUGGCAUAGAGUACCUGUAGGGCAUUUAUGAAUCUUCGUGGGAGUCCGAAUUUUUCUAGGGUGGCGAAUAGGAAGGGCCAUAACAGUCUAUCAAAUGCCUUUUCGGCGUCCAAUGAUAGAAAGAGAGCUGGGAUGUGUCUUGUGUGGGCUGUCCAAAUGAGGUUGUAUGUCCGUCUUGUGUUAUCGCUCGCCUGUCGUGUCGGUAUGAAGCCCACUUGGUCUGGGUGUAUUAGUUUGGGUAGGUUGGGGCUUAGGCGGUCCGCGAGGGUUUUGGUGAAUAAUUUAAUAUCCACAUUUAGGAGUGAGAUUGGUCGGUAGUGUCCAGGUACGAGGUUUGUUUUAUUAGGCUUGGGGAGGAGGCAUACAUUCGUUCGUAGCAUGUCGUUCGGUAGUUGGUCUCCCUGAAGUAUGGCGUUGUAUAGUGUGCAGAGAUGUGGGAUUAAGAUGGGGGCAAAUGUCUUGUAAUAUAGCCCAGUGAACCCGUCUGGGCCAGGGCUUUUGUUGGGUUUGAGCGCUUUUAUCUUUCCUGCGAGUUCUUCUGGUGUUAUGGGGCUGGCUAGAGCCUGUGCCGCUUCUGUGGAUAGAGAGGGUAGUGGAACUUGGGUUAGGUAUUGGUCUAUUAGUGUUUUAGCCGACGUUGGGUGUUGUCGUGUUUCUGGGGUGUGGUCGUAUAGGGUUCUGAAGUAAUCUUGAAAGACUCUAUUCUUCCGGGUCCUCUGUGGUUUCCCCUCUCGGGGUAGUUAUUUUGUGUAUCUGUUUAUUUUCAUUUCGUUGUUUGAGUCUGCGGGCGAGUAACGUGUCAGCUUUGUUAGCCUUGUCGUAGUAUAGCUGUUUUGUCCAGAGUAACGCUUUGGUCGAAUCUUUCGCCAUGUAUUCUUUAAUCUUGGUUUGGCAUUUUAUGAUUUGCUCAUUGAGCUCUUGUGUUGGAUCUAUUUUAUGUUUGGCCUCCAGGGUUCUUAGAGUCUGCAGUGUUUGUUCAAGGAGGGCCACCUGCUUUUUUUUGUGUAUCGUUGCUUGGUUAAUUAAGGCUCCCCUGAUUACGGCUUUGUGUGCUGCCCAUAGGUUCCCUUCGGAGGUUGCCGUGCCUUUGUUGAUUUGGAAGUAUUCUGUUAUGGCUUUGUCAGUCGUUUGUCUGAUUAGUGGGUUGUGUAGGAGGUGUGGGUUUAGGCACCAUGUCCAGGGUCUCGCCGUUCCUGGCAGGUUUAGGGUCAGUGUUAUUUCGGCAUGGUCUGACCAUGUGAUGGGGCCUAUUGAUGCGUUCUUGGUCAUGGGCGCCAGUGAUGGUAAUAUGAGAAAGAGGUCUAUAAGGGAGUGUGAUUGGUGUGGGUGCGAAAAGAUGCGUCUAUGAGCCGUGUGCGUGAGAUGAAAGCAGAGAAUAGUUUGUCUGCUUUCGCUGUUGGUUGUCUGCUUUGCCUGUGUGGAUGUGAUCGGCGUCUGUCUACCGUGGGUGAUGGGGUAGCGUUAAAGUCGCCGCCUAUUAUGGAGUGGUGGGAGGGAAAGAGAGCUAGGUGUGCUUGUAUUGUCUGCCAGAAUGAGCUAGUUGGGGUGUUUGCCGCGUAUAGAGUGGUGAAAGCGUAGGAGUGUGUGCCUAUCUUGCCUGCGACUGUGAGGUAUCGGCCUUGUGGGUCCGCUACUGUCUGCUGUAUGGAGAGGGGGCAUGAUUUCCGUAGAACGAUGACUACCCCGUUAUGUUUCUCUUGUGGAGAGCUGGCGAAGUGAUUAACUUUGUAGUGUCGGCUCAGGAGGGGAAACUGUUUGGCUUGAGUGAAGUGUGUUUCCUGCAAGAGGAGUACGUCUGCUUUAGUUCUAUUUGCCCAUCUCAUAAGCUGGUGUCUCUUUGCGGGGCUGUUCAGGCCUUUGCAGUUGAUUGAUAGGCAGGUUAGAGUGGCUGGCAUGCUGGUUGGUGCUGCGAUGGCCUUUGCGUGUGAGUUGUCUUCUUGCGUGGGGUUGCGUUAGUGUGUGGUGCGUGGGGGAGUUGUGGGUGGGGGGGGGUUGGGGUGGGUCGUGGGUGAGAAGUGCUGAUGUGAGAAGGUGUGUGUGUGUGUGUGUGUGGUGUGGGAGGGGUUGUAGGAAGAACGUAACAUAAGAGAACGUAACAAAACAUGUGGCCAGUUUUGGCAACUGUGGUCUUGGUGUUGUGUUUGAGCGUUUUUUUUUGUUUUUGUUUUUUUUCCUCCCCUUCCUUCCUUAUGUGGGGUUUCUCUCUGGUGGGGGUUACUGAAGGGUGUGACAGGGGUGGGUACUUUUCUUGGGUUGAACUAUGUGGUCAUCAUUUCAGUUGAUCCCGGGCUUCCACUCUGUUCAUCUGUCUAAAGGAUUCUGUGGUAGUGCAUUGGGAACCUUUGUGGGGUUAGUGGCUUUUAGUGUUGUCUGGGCUGCUUAGUUUCUGCCCAUCCGUGCUAUGUCUUAGUGCUGCCAGGGGGGGGUGUGGCCUGAUGUACAGGGGUGGGGGGGUUGCCCGGGGAGUAUGUGGUGGGGGGGGUAUCUGGAGUGGGUGGGGGUGAGGUGUUCUCUUUGGUGAGACGUGGGGGGAUCGAUCAGAGGGAUGGUGGGCUUAUGAUGAGUCCCUCCUUUGUCCUUGUAUGGGGUAUUUUACUUCUCCAUGCCCCGCGCGUUGAUUCCCCCUAGUUCGGGUGGUAGGGCAGUUAUGUCGUACUUGUGUGUCUCCGGGCCUGGGUCCGUGGUUUUGUGUUCUAGGUUGUUGUGUUGUCUGUAUUCCGUUCGUCGUCCAUGUACGGGUGUUGGUAACUGUUAGGCGGGUUCCCGCCCUAUAGUUUUGUAGGUAGGCGGUGUGUGGGUUCUCUGGUGGUUUAAUUGUCAUUGGUGUGGGUGUGAUUGGUGUGUCUGUGUAUCGGUUCGGUGUCGGGUCUUCUGUGGUAGGGGUUAGGCUUGCCUUGUGCGGAUAGUGGGGGCGUGGGGGGGGAAGACAAGGGGAGGGGCUCCAUUGGGGGUAAAGUGGAAGAGGGAGGGGAAUUUGGGGGCCUAGGUCCCCCCUUUCUCCAGUCAAUGCCUUCUGUUGCUAUAUCGUUCCCCAGGGGCCCCAGAUUUUCCGGGCAGAUUUGGUGGUCUCAUGAACCAGGGCAGACAAGUCAUCCAUCUCUCUGGACUCCUCUAUUUUCCUCCGUACCUCCGGCAUUGCCGAUAUAUCUGUGCUGCCCCAAUGGGCUGCUAUCCUUCUUCGCGAUGCUAGUGCUAUCUUAGCUACCAGUUUGUUUUGUGCUCUGGGAAGGUCAUCAAUGGGUUUGGACAGUAACCAUGUCCACGGCUCCAGUGGAAGAUCUAUGUGCCUUGUGCCCCGCAUCCCUUCCAGCAGCGGUCAGAGUCUGUUCGCCGCAUCUGUUUGAGUUUCAAGGGGGUAAGGUACCAUCUGAGCAGGGUUUUAUAUGCCUGCUCUUUAUGGUUGGCACAAAUUGUUACUGAAGCUGUGGCCUCCAUAUGUCCGGCCAGUCCGAGGGGUCCCCUGGGGGGCCCAGGUCCCUCUCCCUCUCCCAGGCCCUCACGUAUGAGAAGGCUUCCUGGGGGGGGUGUCCAGGGCUAAAAUGUUGUAUAGAGUGGAAAUUUGACCUUUCUGUAUGGGUGUGUGUUGGCACAUCCUCUCGAAGUGUGUGUGUUUCGCCGUCGCCGCUGCUGUUAUGUUUGGGCUGGACAGGAAACUGCGAAGCUGGAUAUAGCGGAAGUGGACAAAGGUGUUGAGGGGGGUGGUUUGCGGUAAGUUGGCAAAUGGGAGGAGGCGGUCAUUAUGGAAAAAGUGGCAGAUCCUAGUUAGGUCGUUAUCCUCAAAGUGGGCAUAGUUUCGGGGUGUCAUCAGGGCCGGUGUUGUCUGGGGCAUCCCUGGUCUAGGCUGCUUCGGUACCCAAAGGUACAUCGAUGGGAAGUCUCUGCCAAAUAGGUCAUGUUCUAAGUCUACCCAUAGCUUGAUCCCGGCCGGGGCAUGAAGGGUUUGUAUUUGUGCUAGUUGGGCCGCUUGGUGGUAGUCCCAAAAGUUCAGGAGUCCGAUGCCACCUCUCUUGUGUGGGAUAUACAGUGUGGUUCGUUUUAUUCUGGCCCUUUUCCCUGCCCAAAUAAAUUUCUCAAUCUGUGUUUGCAAGGAUUUAAAAUCGGCUUUCGAGAUCGGGAUGGGGAGGGUUUGAAACAGGUAUAGGAAGCGGGGAAGUAAGUUAAUUUUUACUGAGGCCAUCCUGCCCAACCAGGAGAUGGAUAAUUUUUGCCAGUCCAUCAGAUCUUUUUUUGCCUGCUCUAGUAGUGGUAGUUCAGGGGGUAGUUCAGUCGGUAUGUCGAACGUAGGUCUGCAGGUAUGUAUACUCCCAGGUAUUUGAUGCAGUCUGGUCGGAAGCGAAAUGGGUACGUCUCUUGUAGGGACUUGUCUAACUGGGGGGGUGGGGGGGUGUGGAGUGCCAUGGGCUCUGCCUUGUCCAGAUUCAGUUUGUAUCCUGAUAUUUUAGCGUAUCCGUCUAGGAGGUGUAGAAGGGGGGGUAAUGAGGACUCGGGUUCUGUCAGUGUCAGGGGUAGGUCGUCUGCAUAAGCUGCAAUUUUAUAUUCCUCUCGUCGUAUUUUAAUUCCCUUGAUAUUGGGGUCAUUCCUUAUCCUUUGGAGGAAGGGCAAAAAGGAUAGGGCGAAAAGGAGGGGGGAAAGGGAGCAUCCCUGUAUCGUGCCGUUGUAUAUGCGGAAUGGGGUCGAUUGGGCGUUUGGUAUGAGUAGUUGUGCCGUCGGGUAAGAGUAUAGAUUUCAGAUUGCCUUUAGAAACCCUCUGGGGAGUCCAAAUUUUGCCAGUGUUGCAAAUAAAUAUGGCCAUAGUAUGCGGUCAAAUGCCAUAUCGGGGUCAAGGGAAAGUAGCAGUGUGGGGGUCUCUUUGUGUGUGACUGUUCCGUAUCAGGUCGUAGGUGCGUCUAGUGUCACUGGCUUGUCUGUAUGGGAUGAAUCCUACUUGGUCCAGGUGGAUCAUCUUCGGGAGGUAUGGUUGUAGUCGGGUUGCUAGGAGUUUAGUGAAUAAUUUAAUGUCAACAUUGAGGAGUGAAAUGGGGCGGUAAUGUCCGUGGUCUUGAUGGGUUUUGUUUGGUUCCGGUAUUAGGCUUAUGUUUGCCUGUAACAUGUCAGGGGGUAUUGUCUCUCCUUUGAAAAUUGAUGUUAAUAGGUCUUUGAGGUGUGGGAGUAGAGCCGCUGAGUAUGUGUUUUUUUUUUGUUUUUUUUAAUUUUUUUUAUUUUAAUUCUUUAUUUUAUUUGUGCUUAGCGUGAACAAUCAUGUUUGCACUGCCACGAUAGCUGGUGCAAGCAAGUACGGAAACAUACAUUAACAUAGGUAUGGCAUUGAAAUACAUAGCACAUUUUUCUUUAUAUUCAAGAUAGGAAACAUGUUAGAGGUUAAACAUUGAAUCAUGGUUGCAUAGAAGAUCUGCCACAUUUUUCUUUAUAUUCAAGAUAGGAAACAUGUUAGAGGUUAAACAUUGAAUCAUGGUUGCAUAGAAGAUCUGCCUGUCUCGAUAUUUAGUAAAAGAGUAAACUGGUCAAUCAUGCAGCCUAUGGGGAUUAACAUGCUAGUUGAACAUAGCUGAGAUUUGCUUGGUACAUAAGGUCACAUCACUGCAUUAUCUGAGCAUAUUAUUACCGUGCUGCAUCAGGGGCUAACAGAUUGUAUACGUGCAGUACAGUUAUAUUUGCCUGAGUAGGUUAAUUGUAAAUCUGUUUAGACAUAUUAGCUAAAUUAACAGGGUGGAGAGAUGGAAGUGCAGGCUAAAAUUGAACUCAUAGUUAAAAUAGAUUGUGUGAAAGAGACAGGUUUGCUAGGCAAGAUGGCAUGGUUAGUGUAGCAUAAAAAAGAAAAAGGAAAAAAUUUAUGCCACCGUGGUUAAAGAACCCUGGGUCCCCGUACAGAGACUCCUCUCCCUCAUGAGAGGUAGACGUGAUCCUGAACGUUGUUCAGGAGACAGAAAGUAGGCAGCCCCAGUCCCUGUGCAGAGAGCAGCCAACUCCCAUCACUGGCAGGUCACAGUUCUGUGUUUCUCAGCUCCUUCUUCUGUGUAUAAUGAAGCUGUGGUGUAGCUUGUCGGUCGGUAUCAGCCGGCCGCAGUUGGGAGCUGGGUAUGUGUGAGGUCUUCAUAGUGCUCUGCUGCCGUCGUGCAUGUGGCUCGGCUUCACAGGAUUGUGUCAGCUUGCAGCAUGAAUACCUUUCGGUCCGCUUUGCCAGUCAGCUGGUCUCCACUCAAGGUCCUCGGUGUCGAUUGGAGCACUCCAGGCCGGGUCUCAGGAUAGGUAGGAGUAUGUUUUUUUUUAGUAUAGCCCUGAGAACCCGUCCGGGCCUGGGCAUUUGUUUGGCUGGAGGGAUUUAAUUGUCUCCGCGAUCUCCUCCGGCGCCACAACUGUUUUAAUUGUAUUAUUUUUAUUUCUAACAUUCUGUUUUGUUUUUUUUAAUCAUUAGUUGCAACAUUAAAACAGCUGCCAAAACAGCUCUGAUGUGUUGAGACAUGGUCUCCACAAGAUCUCUGAAUGUGUCCUAUGGUAUCUGACACCAAGAAAUUGGCAGCAGAUCCUUUUAAGGUCUUCAACUUACAAGGUGGGUCCUCCAUAGAUCGGAUUUGUUGUUCCAGUACAUCCCACAGAUGCUCAAUUGGAUUGAGAUCUGGACAAUUUGGAGGGCAAAGAAACACCAUUAACUCUUUGUGAUGUUCCUCAAACCAUAUCUGUACAAUGUUUGCAGUGUAGCAGGGUGCAUUAUCAUAGUUACAUAGCUGAAAAGAGACAUGCGUCCAUCAAGUUAAAAAAAACAAAAAACCUAGUCUGUAGCGCUUCCAAUUUUGCAACAAACUAGGAAGAAAUUCCUAAUUGACAAGGCUCAUUGAUGCACUAGGGAAGCGAAAGCUAGAACAUCUGGUGCAAUCACACAGAAGAGCUACUGUAGCUCAAAUUGCUAUAAAACUUAAAGGAACACUCCGGGCACCAUAAACACCAAAUUAAACAUAUGCUGACGCGGUCUUGGGAGAUUAAUCAUGAGACAUUUUUAAAAAAAGAAACAAGUAAAAAUAGUGGAAAUUUUAUUUUCAAAAUGGCAGGCCCAUUAUUUUGGCGCAAAGAGCUAGACAUUCACAGAUUAAUUGGCAGCCAUGUUCGCCUGAACUCUCCACUUCAGCCGACUUCCUUUGGUAAUGAACCACAUACAUUUGAGGAGUUCAAGGAGAAUAUCAAUGCAGAAAUCCGAGAGCUAGAACCUCAAGCAUUAAAAGAUAUUUUUUUUAUUUUUUUAUUCUCUUUUACAAUAGUAAGUACGUUUUUUUUAUUCUCUUUUACAAUAUACAGUUAUACAGAGAGCACUAUUUGGCUGUUUCUGUUUCCUUUGAGUUUUGGAUACCCUGACGAACCCAUCAUAAAUCCCAUAAGCGGGGAUUAUACCGCUGUGUGCGCUUUACCCUAGAGCUGGACAGAAGCUCUGGAAAUUGUGAGUUCAUUAUCAUUAAUCAAUUUUUACUUCAUUUGAACCGUACAUUCUGCACCAUCGUUUGUUCUCUCCUUUUAUCUUUUAUAUAUUACCUGAAGAUCGCGUUCCUGUACAUAAAGACGACAGAGAGGAUACCUUUUUAGGUCGGACUUUUUAUCUUCAAUAACUAUUGAUACUGGACACUGUUUAUUCUGGCGCAGCCCUCCUUUUAUAUUUUGAUUAAAAGAACACUACAGUGUCAGGAAUACAAACGUAUAUUCCUGACAUUAUAGUUCGAAGAUUGCCAUUUAGGUACCUUGCUUCUUGGUUAAAAAGUGAAUUGUUUUUUUCCAACACAGAUUCCUGUAGAUUCCUCUGCCCUCUUGGCUGAGAUCAUCAAAGUUGAUGAUCCCAGCCUCUCACAACUUUCCUAUGGUAAAGCAAUAGAUUGGCUGUCGCGCCUAUGCAGCAAAAUACCACGCUGUCCCUAUCAGCAUCUCCUCAUAGAGUUGCAUUGAAUCAGUGCAUCUCUAUGAAGAGUGUUCAGUGCCUUAAUGCAAAGCACAUUAUAUAGCACUGACCCAGAAACUCCUCUAGUGGCCAUCUGAACUACUGCCAUUAGAGGUAUUCCUAGGCAGUAAUGUAAACAAUGUUUACAUUAAAAUGAAUGCAGGAGCAGGCAGUAGACACCAGAAUAACUACAUUAAGCUGUAGUUGUUCUAGUGACUAUAUUGUACCUUUUAAUGUUAUGAGCAAUGCAAUCGAAACAGCUGACUGUGCAAGGCGGCAAAUGAAACUCUUAUAAAAGCACCCUGUGACUUUACAUUGUCUUCCGUUUCAUGGCGGAGUUGCCGCUAUUCCUAAUACCUUUCACUUCCCAUUAAUACCAUUUACAGUUGACCAUGGAAUAUCUAGCAGGGAUGAAAUUUCGUUAGGGAUGCACCGAAAUUUUGGGCCUACCCCAUUUCGGCUGAGAAUGGGUCAAAUUUUCAGAAAUUAAAAUUAAUAAUAAUGAUAAAAAUAUAUAUAUAUUUUUUUUUGGGUAGUGCAUAGUUUAACUGCACUUGGGACCGGGGAGAGGGGGGAAAGAACACUAAAAAUGAGAGAAGGGAGAGGAACAUUAAAGGGACACUAUAGUCACCUGAACAACUUUAGCUUAAUGAAGCAGUUUUGGUGUAUAGAACAUGCCACUGCAGCCUCACUGCUCAAUCCUCUGCCAUUUAACAGUUAAAUCCCUUUGUUUAUGAACCCUAGUCACACCUCCCUGCAUGUGACUUGCACAGCCUUCCAUAAACACUUCCUGUAAAGAGAGCCCUAUGUAGGCCUUGCAAGUUCUGUUUAAUUAAGAUUUUCUUAUCCCUUGCUAUGUUAAUAGCUUGCUAGACCCUGCAAGAGCCUCCUGUAUGUGAUUAAAGUUCAAUUUAGAGAUUGAGAUACAAUUAUUUAAGGUAAAUUACAUCUGUUUGACAGUGAAACCAGUUUUUUUUUCAUGUAGGCUCUGUCAAUCAUAGCCAGGGGAGGUGUGGCUAGGGCUGCAUAAACAGAAACAAAGUGAUUUAACUCCUAAAUGACAGUGAAUUGAGCAGUAAAAUUGCAGCGGGAUGAUCUAUACACUAAAACUGCUUUAUUUAGCUAAAGUAAUUUUGGUGACUAUAGUGUUCCUUUAAGCGGGGGGAAAGAGUGGGGGGGGGGGGGGACACUAAAAGAGAAGGGAAGUUUUUCAUAUUAGAUUAAAUUCAUUAAAAAGUCUAAUAAUAAAAUUUUAUGAAAAAAACUUUUUACAAUUCAUUUGAGGAAAAGUCCUUUUCGGUUUCAGUUUUCAGCCAAGGACAUCAUGAAUUUUUUUCAGUUUCGGCCCAGAAUUUAGAUUUCGGUUCAUCCCUACCUCUCACAAUACCACACUUGAAUUCACUAAGCAGUUUUUUUUGUUCCCUACAAAUGUUUGUAAAUGCAGACUGCAUGACUAGGUGCUUGAUUUUUAUACACUCGUAGGAAUUUGUCUGAUAUAAACACAUGAAUGGAAUAAUUAAGAGGUGUGCUCCAAUGCUUUUAUCCAUGAAGUGUGUGUCAGUGAACAGAGGCGCUGACAAAAUCUUUUUACAAAACUUUGAGUCCCCAGUCAUCUGAGUCUGGCAGCAAUAGUGUUCCAUAAAUCUGUUACUCUUGAAAGUCAGGAUCGGAAGUUUAUAGUAAACUAGUUUAACUGAGAAGCAAAGUGCAGGAGAUAUUCCAGGUACAAAAUGCUAUUCCAUGGAGUGUGCUCUAAACUACCAGGGCUAAAUAGGGUUAUUGUUUUCUUACUCAAUCGGUGUCUGGGGAGGGGGGGGAUGUAUUAUUAGUUGGAUCAUGUGUAAAUCAGGAAGUUCGAGGGCAGAGCGUUCGGCUGCCUCCCUCCGUCCAUGUUUUGUAGGCCACAACCUUGCUGAGAUCCGGAACUGCCGGACACUUGCAGAACCUCUUCAGAACCAGAUAUGCUGGGGCCCACAGAUGCGUUGUGAGUGGGACAAGUUUUGGUUUUUCGAUUUAAUAAUUGAUUUAGACGAUAAUUUGAGUGUUUUUUUUUUUCUUCCUCUUGGAGCUCGUCUGAAAAAUGUUUCCGAUCAGCUCAGCAGUAAGCUUCACCCCUUGGAAGCUUUUUGUUCUUUAUUUUUGUACACUUCUUUUCCUUUAGUCAUAAAAAUAAACAUUUAGUUAUCUGGAUUUAAUUUAAAACCUAAAAAUACUUUAUUUUUUGUUUUGUUUUAAAGGACCACUAUAGGCACCCAGACCACUUCAGCUUAAUGAAGUGGUCUGGGUGCCAGGUCCAGCUAGGUUUAACCCUGCCUGCUGUAAACAUAGCAGUUUCAGAGAAACUGCUAUGUUUAUAAAUGGGUUAAUCCAGCCUCUAGUGGCAGCUGCUAGAGGGCUUCCGCACUUCUCACUGUGAUUUUCACAGUGAGAAGACGCCAGCGUCCAUAGGAAAGCUUUGUGAAUGCUUUCCUAUGUACUGGCUGAAUGCGCAUUCAGCCGAAGAGGAGGAGGAGAGCUCCCCGCCUGGCGCUGGAGAAUGAGGUACGUUUAACCCCUUCCUCACCAUAGAGCCCGGCGGGUGGGGGCACCCUCAGGGCGCUCUAGUGCCAGGAAAACGAGUAUGUUUUCCUGGCACUAUAGUGGUCCUUUAAGGCUUAGAAAAGUAGUCAGCCUGUAGUUACCAGCUUUUCAUUUAUGGCAGUAUAAAUAAUCUUCUAUUUCUUACACCUCCUAUAAGUUAGCAAAAAGUAAAGCUGCUUUGAGCUGAAUAUUUGCCAUAGUGGAAAGAGACUUUCAACAAUAGGAUGUGUAGUGAUUUUGUAUCCUGUUAGCGGUUUGGUCUCAAGUACAAUUCCUAUUGUAUAGAAUAGUAAUGGAAAAUAAUUGAUACAAAAUGAAAGGACGAUUAAAAGGACACUACAGUCACCCAGACCAUUUCACCACUUCAUUUUCCCUGUCCUCUUAACCCUGCAAUGUAAAACAUUGCCAUUUGCAGUGUUAAAAUAACACUAUAGUGUCAGGAAUAUUAACUAGUCCUGGUAUGGCUGUUUAGGUCCCCAGCCCAGCUCUGAUUGUGCCGAAAGUGUUUUUACUUACCUUUUCUCCCACAUUAUAAUGGUCUCACCACAGCUGGCCCCGCCUCCAUGGCUGAGAUCAUCAAACUUGAUGAUCUCAGCCAAUUCAAUGCAAGAGCAUCGGCUGAUAAAUUAGCUCCCAGCUAAUAAAUUAACCUCAGUGCAUAUAAAUAUGCCCAGAACGCUGGGCUGGCUGAUUACGCCCCAAUAACUCUGCCGGAGAUGGAGUUACUCCUCUUGUAGUAAAGGGGUUAAAAGUCCUUAUGUGCUGCGUUUCAUAGUGAAACACUGCACACACUGACUCCAGGCACCAUGACCACUUCAAAUCACUGAAGUUGUCGCUGCUUGGAGUAACCCUUUUAAAGCUUGUUUUUUUUUUUUGUUUUUUUUUAUUACUUGACAAAAAAAAAACUUAAUGCUUUACUGUAGAGAGAGCUCGUUUAAAUUCUGUGACAUUUUGCCCAAGUUAGUGUUUUGUACAGACUGUCACAGAAAUCCCAGCUUUAGGGGUGACAAGGUUAGCAUGAUAGGAAUGAAAGGCUUUAGCCAUGUGAUGUUUACCUGGUCACAGGACAUGAAAGAUUAACCUUGCCAAUCACCCUUUCUCUUUUCGUAACUGUGACAGCAGAGGAAUGUUCAAAUGGCUGUUUCACUUGGCUGCGUCUGAUUCUAACUGAACCGUACAACAAGCUAGCAUGUGUUUCCUAUUAUUACAGCAUAGGGAUCUGUUUAAGUCAGAUUAUUCAGGCAUUAUAUAACCAUACAAAUAUUACUUUUAGAAGCAUUUGUUUCUCUUAUUUUUUUUUUUUAUUUUUUUUUUUUUUACAAAUGGUAAAAUGUCCACUUGUUUUUGUACCAGUCCUAAGAUCUGUGGCACCUGUGACAGGGAGGGGUGCAAAACCAAGGAUAUAUAUAUAUAUAUGUGUGUGUGUGUGUGUGUGUAUAUGUGUAUAUAUGUGUGUGUGUGUGUAUAUAUAGAAAAAACAUCAAAACAGUCUCGUCCUAGGACUUUCCCAGAUUUCCGUUUUCUUGUAGUUUGGAAUACCUCUUCUGUAAAAGUCCCCAAAUAAACAACUAAAUGUGCCAUGUUAGGAGCUACAAAGGACACUGUGUUCGAAAUACCUACAACAAAAUGCAGCUAGUAGCACCUGUGACAUCAAUCACUACAUUUCACGCAAUACAAACCAUUCAUGUAAGAUACGCAAACCUGUGUACCUUGUGAAUAAACAAAAUAUAUACAUUUAAAUUAAAAACAGAAACCAUAUGGACGACUCCUCGAGUGACUAAAAAGAGAAAAACUGCCAUCGUAGUGCAAUAAAUGUUUGCAAAUAAUUGAAUUUUCAUAAGGCAUCAAACUCACAUUUCAAUGUAUCAGCAUUGGUGUAAACUUUAAAGGACCACUAUAGGCACCCAAACCAGCUCAAUGAAGUGGUCUGGGUGCCAGGUCCCUCUAGUUUUAACCCUGCAGCUGAAAACAUAGCUGUUUCAGAGAAACUGCUAUGUUUCAGUGAGGGUUAAUCCAGCCUCUAGUCUCACUAACCGCCACUAAGGCACUUCCGUGAUUCUCACUGUGAAAAUCACAGUGAGAAGACGCUGGAUGUCCAUAGGAAAGUAUUGGUGCUGACGACGGCAGGAGGAGGAGAAGAAGUCACCAGCGCCGAGGGAACCCGGCGUUGAAGAAAGGCAAGUGGCUGAAGGGGGGACCUAAUGGCCCUAUAGUGCCAGGAAAACGAGUUUGUUUUCCAGGCACUAUAGUGGUCCUUUAACCCCUUAAGGACCAAACUUCUGGAAUAAAAGGGAAUUAUGACAUGUCACACAUGUCAUGUGUUCUUAAGGGGUUAAGCUCAAUGCAAAUGUUCAUCCAAAAGUAUCCUACAAAGCAAGGGGAGAAGGCACCACCAAUCGAAAAAAAAUGCUGCAAAUAAUGCCCCAUGAAUACUGUUCACAACGCGUUUUAACAGUUUCCGACUUCCUCCAGUACAUAAGUUGUUAGGGGACAGUCUCUGUUUUUUAUAUAGCGAUUUUGGCACCCCCUUUGGAAUAGUUCCAGCUCCACUUUUACAUCAUUACACCCUUGCUGUCGUCCUAUUAGUUCUCUGUCCUUUGCACCUGGCAGUCAGCAUAGAGAAAGCAUACAGUAAAGGAGAUAAAUUAAACAAUGGGGCAUAUUAAUGAAACCGCAACCUGAAAUUGACUGUAGACAGUUUAGCUAUUUUAGCCUUCAUUUUCAGAUUUCAGUGAAGUUAAAUAACUGAAGUUUACUGAAUAACCCUGAAUUUUUCUUUUCUCCUCAUUUACAAUGUUGGUCCUGACUUUGCUUUGUCUGAACUUGAUUAUGAUAUCAAUUGCUAAAUCUUUUAUAUGAAGUUUAAAAUAAUAGCUUCUAAUGGGGAAAAAAAUAGCCCAAGUAAUAGGCGAAUUUCAAUGUUUUAUUUAGUGGUAUUAAUUCAGGAGCUGUGACCGAUCACAUUUUAUAUAAAGCUGUAAAAAUAUGGAGUUACUCCCAGGUUAGAGCAUCCUUUUUAAAGUUUGUGUAACAUUAAAGGGACUCUCCAGGCAACAAAACAACUUAAUCUAAAUAACUUUGUGGUGGUGCCAGAAGGUCACUGGGGGCCUUUUUGCCUCUCAAGUGGUUUACCCUAAAGUUGCUUCACAUAUGUCCACUACACCCCAGACAGCAUCCUGUUUCUGAAAUGUCUGAUUCAGGAAGCGCAGAGUGCCACCGGCAGGGCCGCGGCUGAUUGGCUGAGAGCGGUCAGCUGACGCUCUCAGCAAUUUAGUGACUCCCCAUUCACUAAACUGGCUUGGAAAGAAACAUACCUUUCUCAAGCCAGUUUAGUAAAUGGGGAGUCACUGACUGGCUGAGAGCAUCAGCUAGCCGCUCUCAGCCAGUCAGUGGCACCCCUGACCGGUGGGGCAUCUGUCAAUUCUGAUGCCACCUUGGGGGGGAAUGGACAUUGCCACUGGAGGCAACUUUGGGGUUAAACCAUUCGAGAACAGUAUGAAAUGUUGUGGUAGUGCCUAGUUUAACUUCAAUCAUUAUUCAGCAGAUGUUCAUUUUGUUAUAACUGAUCUUCAAAUUGUGAAUUCUAUAAUUGCAAUUAUGAUGCAAGAUGUGUUUGCACCUUAGGUACUGCCCCUGUCUGAGCGUGCUGCCUAUCACCAGUUUUGCCCAGAGAGGUCCUAUCCUCUGAAGAAUUCCUUGUGAUUUCCACGACAUGGCCGGGAGAGGAGCCGCUAGGCCAAACGGUCAGUCACAGGCCAGUAAAAUCUGCCAGUUCAAGCUAGUGCUGCUUGGAGAGUCUGCUGUGGGAAAGUCUAGUCUGGUGUUGCGUUUUGUGAAAGGACAGUUUCAUGAAUUCCAAGAGAGUACAAUUGGCGGUAAGUGCUCCACUCAUAGUUUAAGCUUUCUCUUUGUAUCAUGAAGCAGCCCAGUUAUGGAAGUAUGAACUUGUGUUCCCUUUUAAUUAAAUCAUGUAUUUGUUAUUCUCUUAGCCAGAGUUCGUGCUUGCAUUCAUUAAAGCGACACUGUGUAGGCAGCAUAACUACUUCAAUGGAUUGAAUAGGUUAUGGUGCCUGGAGUCUGUGGGUGCAAGGUCCUGAUUCAAAACUAAAUGGCUUACUCUCCACUUGUAGUAGAGAUUUUCGGUCCCGAGCCUCUAAUGAUGUGGUGGAGGUGCAGCUAUGCUUCUACCUUGUACUAUACAAGGGAUUGAGGCAGUGAUCGACUGAGUGUAUCAUCUGAACACUCUGUAACCAUGACUGUUGCCUCAGGAAUGACAUAAAGCUGAGCAUAGCUUUGCCUUUAUCAUUUUAGGCUGGUCUGCAGGCUGCCAGGGACCAAGAAACUCUACUAAAUGGUGAGUAAACAUUUUAUUGGUGAUGCAUGACCCAGCACCCAUAGACCAGGCCCCUUAACUACUUAAAUCUGUUGAAGUGGUCAUGGUGCAUACAGUGUUCUUUAAUAAAAUGAUGACAGACAUUAUUUAUGUAGCAUUUUUUCUAGGUAGUAUGAUAAGGUAGCAUUUACAGUGCUCAGUCUACAGGGACAGGCUGUAGACACCAGAACCACUACAUUAAACUGUAGUAGUUCUGGUUACUAUAGUGUCCCUUUAAUACGAAGUCUUUCUCUCACCGGUCAACUCUAAAUCACAGGGAGAGCAGGAGACACAAGUAAAGAUGCACUUUGUUUGUGUGUGUCUCCCCCAAGUCCCUUUCAUGUGUCUCUUGGCCCUAGCCCCUUCCCCAGGCCGCAGCACCUCUGUGUGUCUUUCUCCACAGCUCCUGUGUUUGUCUCAUUCUCCCCUUCAACAGUCAUUCUGUGUGUCUUUUGUUCGUCUUUCAGCCCCUCUGUCUCUUUUUCCCCAGAGCCCUCUUUUUUUUUUUUUUUUUUUUUUUUUUUUCACAGGCUGUCCGUGUGUCUUUUUACUCCCCAGCCCCCAUGUGUCCUAUUAUAGCCCCCUCCCCAGCCCCCAUGUGUCCCUUUGCCUCCCCAACCCUCAUGUGUCCCAUUGUAGCCCUCUCCCCAGCCCCCAUGUGUCCCAUUAUAGGCCUCUCCCCAGGUGUCCCAUUAUAGCACCCUCCCCAAGUAUCCGUCAAUAUUUGUGGAUCCUGUAAACCAACAGAGAUCAUAUUAACGACCCCAGAUUGUCUGAUUGCACUCAAAGUGACUGCUGCAUACAGCUAUUUAAAUCAGGGCUUGACAAAUCCCAGGUUGCCAAGGCGACUAGGAAUUGUGUCCUGGCGCCUUGGAUAUGUCAGCCUGUUCAGCGUAGUCAAUGCAUCCCUAUGGGGCAUGUCCAGCAUCUCCAUGCUGAGCCUUUUUAUAGGUAUCUGGAUGGGUUUGGCUUGUUCCAGACUUGACUUUUUACUUGCUCUCCAUUGUCUGAAUAUUCUUAGGAAUUAUGUUCAUGUAUUUUGCAUGUUUUUCCUCCUCAGCUGCUUUUCUCACUCAGUCUGUGUGCUUGGAUGAUACGACAGUAAAAUUUGAGAUUUGGGACACAGCAGGACAAGAACGAUACCAUAGUCUGGCUCCUAUGUAUUACCGGGGUGCUCAGGCUGCAAUUGUGGUGUAUGACAUCACCAACCAGGUAUAUAAUGAGAUAAUGUGCCUGAAAACCAUCCUAGUGUGUUCAUAAGUAUGUGUAAUAACCCAAUGAAGCAUGCAAGAUUGUUCUGGUUCAGUAAACUGCUCCAUGCAGACAAAUUUCUUAAAUUCAUACAAUAUUUUCAAAUGCAUGUACAACGCAGUCUAUCAUAAAACAUCUUAAACAUAAUGAUAAAUAUUGCAAAUCUUUUGCUUUCAGUGUCAUUCUGAAACCCAUAGAUAGAUAAUGUAAAACACUGAAAGCAUUAUUCACUGAAGUGUGAAUUGUAACAAAUUUGAAUUGUGAAUUAUGAAUUAGAGAUUAUUAAAAUAGGAUAACUGAAAAUAUGUCUGACUAGCAGUUUUUUUUUAUCCUGUUUGGCUAUUGUUUCCUAAAAUUUGUGUUUCACUUUGAGAUCCUAUCAAUUUACCCUUUAGUGGGAAAAAACCUAUAUGAUGUAUUUGGUUAUGUUUGCUUUCAUCUUGUUGUAGCUUGUUUCUGUAUGAAUUAAUGAAUUUUUGUAACCACUUUGGUUUUUUCUUUGUGUUUUUUUUUUUUUUAACAUUUUAGUCUAUAGCAAGUAUGAAAUCCUGCUCAAUUAGAAAAAAUGUUUAGCACUGAAAAUUAGUGCAUUAAAAUUAUUUUCAGGACGCAACUAAGAAAAAAAGAAAACAUUCAAUAAAACAAAAAAAAAAAAACUCAAAAUUGGUUUGUGAGUAGUUGUAUGACCAAGCCACUAGAUGUCACUGCAUAUAUGGCUUCUAUAAGCUAGCUUGCCUUGAGGAUUUUAUUCAUUGCAAUUUUAUUUAUGUAUUUGACUACAAAUUGUUAUUUUUAAAAAAAAAAAAAGUUUUUGUUUCAUUUUUUUUUUUUUUUAACACUGAACUCCCAGUGAAAUGUCUGCUUUAAGAGGCAGUCUAAGCACCAUAACGUGCAGGUGUAGAGUUUAUGGUGCCUGAUUUCUGGUCAAAUAACUUUUGAGUGAUUAGCUGAUGUACCCUGCCAAUGAAUGGCUGUAAAACAUGGACUAAAUUGACAUUUAAAAUGCACAAAUGGAACUUCCUCAUUAGCUGUAACUAAAAAGGGCUGGACUAUGAGUAACUUGGUAGGAGCUUUUUUUGGUCAAACUGUUCACAAAUGGUUGAACAUAGAAGUGCUGGGUGCUGCCCACAGCUAAAACUAACUACUACUUCACGAUAACUAUGGUUCUCGAACCUAGACUAGUCGGAUAAUGCAUGCCCAUUUAUUUAUUUGGUUAUUCUUCUCUUCAGGAAACCUUUGCUAGGGCGAAAACCUGGGUUAAGGAGCUACAGAGACAAGCCAGUCCUAACAUUGUGAUAGCACUUUCGGGGAACAAGGCAGAUCUCACUAACAAACGCAUGGUUGAAUAUGAAGUGAGUAUUUUUCCUUCUUUGUUUCACCUCUGAACAUCCCAUUAAUUAUUCACACGUGUAACCAGAGUAAAUACUUAAACUUAAGGCGUUGGAUGGAAGAUACAAUCAAAGGGAUACAUAUCUCUUAUUGUUGCAUGUAUUUAUAAGGGCAGGUGGGCAGCUUUUGCUAUUCACUCCUGAUCUCAGACUGGGUGCCAUUUCGAUAUUCAGAUAGAUUUGUUAAUGUAAUUUUGUAAUUCUUUAGAAAAUCCCAAAUGUGCUUCAAUUCUAAGGGGGUGCACUCUCUACUUAUGGGAGUUACUUAUUUAAUGGAAUAGUGAUUUGGCUCUCUUGUAUUGUCCAAAUGACUUCCAUAUGAAGGGAAACUAACAUAUUUACAGUUUCAUUGUUUCAGACAUUGUUUAGAUGGGUUUUCAAAAUGUUAGGUGAAUCGAACAGUCUGCUUUUAUCCACAAGUCACAGAACUAAAUAGAUAUAUUAUUUCCCGUUAUAAAACAUAGUGGGCAUAUGAAUCUUACACCCUCAACAAUUUAUUUAAUAAGUUGUAUGGUGUUAUUGAAUAGCUCAUUUUCUGUUACACUAGUUGCUAGUUUUGCAUGCUGAAGCUUAUGAUUUCACUUUCUUUUUGCCAUGUAUUCAUGCAACAAAAAAGGACUCUACAAAGUUCUACACACUUGCAUACAAACCCCUCCUGUGUUGCAUUCAUAUCUAUCAACCACCUUAUGAUUGUUUGAUUUUUUUUUUUUGAUUUUUUUUUUUUUUUGGGACUUGCGUCAUUAUACUUUGUGCAUAUUUGCAGGAGGCCCAGGCAUAUGCAGAUGACAACAGUUUGCUGUUCAUGGAAACCUCAGCCAAGACCGCAAUGAAUGUCAAUGACCUGUUCCUUGCAAUAGGUGAGGCUUUAUCUUUGUAUAAAGGGAAAUUAUCACCCAAGUUAUGUGAAACACAUAGAUAUGUGGUGAUGCACAAAUUUAUAUAUCUAAACACAAACACCUGUAUAAUGGAUUCCACAAUCUGCUACUGAUAUAUCUUUAGCUGUUAAGUGAUUAUAUUAUCAAGGUUAUAUUUAUUUAUAAACCACUAACCUAUUCACACUUUUAUUGUAGAAGCAUUGAAUUUUACAGAGUUUAUUUGAGUUGUAUUAAUAAUUUGGUAUAAGUUCUUGAGCAGGAUGUUUUAAUACUCUCUGAGGGAAUACCAUUUCAAUAACAUACUCCAUGUUAUGCACUAAAGUGAGAAUUGUCAGGAAUUCAAAGUGAAUUUCAAUUUGAAAGCUUAAUCCGCUGAAUUAAAAAAAUUCUCCAAGUCCACGAUGCUUCCAGUUGGACUACCUUGUUAGAUAUUUGGGGGUUUAUUACGGCCUGUAAAAACAAAGUUAAAUGGCAGAUGAGAUUUCUGGCACUUGUUCUUAGUAUGCAGCAGCUAAGCUAAACCUUCCCAAACCAGAGUCUCUUCUUUCUGGUCGUAGAUACAGAUAGAAUGGGGAGUGUAGCAAAGCAGCGCUUUAUAGAUAAAAUCCUUGUGGAGCAAAUCUAAAAGAAAACAGAAUGGUACAGAAAUACAAAUAUAGUGUAGCAGAUCUAAAAGAGGUGGGGGAAAAACGUAAAGUAAAAUAUUGCCCUCACACUUUUUUUUUUUUUUCUGGAGCUAUAGAUCAGCUCCGGAUCACAGCGUAUGGACCUGUAUAAUCCCAGUCUGUGGAUAUAUAGGUGGUCCUGGUCCUCUCUGGUAUCAUAUCUUUAUGCCAAUAACCCACGUGAUUUAUUAUUAUUAUUAUUAUGGCCAUUUAUAUAGCGCCAACAGAUUCCGUAGUGCUUUACAAUAUUAUGAGGGGGGAUGUAACUAUAAAUAGGACAAUUACAAGAAAACUUACAGGAACAAUAGGUUGAAGAGGACCCUGCUCAAAUGAGCUUACAGUCUAUAGGAGGUGGGGUAUAAGACAUGUUAAGACCGGAAAUAUCAAUCAAAUAGGGUGGGAGUGAAGCAGAGCUGGAGGAGAGAGUAAAGCACUGCCCUAUAGGAGAGAGCCAGAGACAGGUAUGUAAGGUAGAGGUUACUCUGGGAGGCCAUAAGCUUUCCUAAAGAGAUGGGUUUUAAGGCCCUUCUUAAACCAUUGAAGACUAGGGGAGAGUCUGAUGGGGUAGGCAGGCUAUUCCAUAGGAAAGGAGCCGCCCGCGAGAAGUCCUGCAAGCACGAGUUGGCCGUACAGGUGCGAGCAGCGAUCAGGAGGUGGUCACGGGCAGAGCGGAGGGAACGAGGAGGGGCAUACCUAUGGAUUAGUGAAGAGAUAUAAGAGGGGCUAGAAUUGUUCAGUGCUUUAAAUGUAUGGGUGAUGCUUAUAUCCAGGAUGAUACUUCAGUAAUAUGCAGAGAAUAUAAAAGUACAAAGAGAGUACUCUCUGCUUAUAUAAAACAAAUAAAAUGAAAAAGGAGAUAUAUUCACAGUAGAUGAGCAGAUAGGAAUUGCUCAAUCUUUAACAGCAUAGGUGGUUUGUCCCCCACCCAGAAAUUUGAGAUACAGCUUCUCCAGUAGAAGAUGUUCAAUGAAGGUCCAAAGGUAAAAUAUAAACUAAUUUUAUUAUACAAAUGGAAAGAAAAAAAAAAAAACUGAGUAACACACUAAUGCCUUUCACCUAUAUAAAAAAGGCUUUUUCAAACCAGAGGGGACCAGGACCAUCUAUAUACCCACAGACGGGGAUUAUGCCGUCCAUAUGCUGUGAUCCGGAGCUGAUCUAUACCUCCAGAAACGUGUGCGGGCAAUAUUUUACUUUACGUUUUUACCUCCAACUCUUUCAGAUUUGCUUCACUAUAUUUGUAGUCCUGUACCAUUCUGUUUUCUUUUAGAUUUGCUCCAUUGGACUCUACACUAGGAUUUUAUCUGUAAAGCGCUGCUUCCCUACACUCCCCGUUCUAUCAGUAUAAAAAUGAUUUUAUUUUUUUUUUACAAAAAUUGCCACUUGUAAACCCCAGAUAUAUCAGAUUUGAAUGCUGAUGUGACACUGGAGCACUUCAAAAGCAAAUUUCUUUGGGGACAUCCUGUCCAUUACCUAUUGGGUUUAAUUUUAAGUGCACCCUUCUUUUGUCGCACACAGUGUGUGGAGCGCCAGUGUUCAUACGAUAAAGUGACUGCAACUGCUUAUUGAGCUUAUGCAGUGAAUCUGAGUGAGAGAAGGCUUCAGCAGAUAAUAAUCUGGUACUCGACAAGUGUGGAUUUUAGUGUGUAUUCGAGGAUCAACGCAUUUUACAGAUUUACCAUGUGUCAAGUUUCACAGAAAAUGGGUUUAUUCAUUCGAGAUUGUGGAAAAACGACAAGGGGAUUGCAUACUUGUAGUCAAAGUAGUUGAGCUGUAGAAUGUUUUCCAGUUGGUCUUCUUUUACCUACAAUUUACACUAUACAGUAUGUGGCACAAUAAAGCUGGCUAUGUAGUAGCUGUGUGACGUGAAAAACAUGUCUACCAAGCGAAUUGUAGGCAGUAAACGUACUACCAGAGUCAAAGCGUGUUUUAAAAGCUUUCACCAAAUGAAACUGUAAUACAUCAUUCUUGUGACAUUUUUAUAAAGAUAAAUGCUAUCUCCUGUAACAUAAAAUAAAUAAAUAAAUAUAUAUAUAUAUAUAUAUAUAUAUAUAUAUAUAUAUAUAUAUAUAUAUAUAUAUAUAUAUAUAUAUAUAUAUAUAUAUAUAUAUAUAUAUUAGCAACAUUAGGCCGCCAGUUCGUUGACUUCAGCUGAGCGAAGUACAGACACCCAGGUGUGUUAAUAACCUGGAGUGCAUCUGCCUUGUUUGUGAACUCUCCUCACCCUUAAGUCAUCUGAACUUUUACUUCUUUCACUUUCCCCUAUAACAUGAAUAUCUGAAUCUCUUAAAACAGUCACUUCUGUGGACUAUGGCAGGACCAACUUAAUGGAUUGUAUUUUAGAAAUAAAUAUUUUUCUCUCCAACAAGAUUUAACUUAUACUGGGUCAUCACCAGGCAAAUACAAUAGAUUAAUAACCGGUCCUGAACAAAUCCAGAACCUCUGGCUGGCCAGUUAGAAAAAUAUUCUGUAAUGCUUGCAUAGAAUUAAUAUUCAGUCCAAUCAGCGGCAAAAUUAUUGACUCAAAUCUCCCUAUGCAAGUAAGUGUUACUAACAGGUUUUUUUUUUUAUGGUGUGUUUUUCAUUUAUUUUAUUUUUUAGGAUUAUGUCUAGAUUUGUGGCCAAAAUAUGCUUUCCUCUUGUUUUUACAAAUAUUUAAAGUUUGAAUUUUGUUGAUUUCUAUUUAUGUAUUCUCCUGUAGUCCAGGGUUAAAAAUUUCAUACCUAAAAGUGACUUGCCCCUUCAAGCCUUGGAAGGUCUGUGGCAUACUAACAAGGGGUGAAUUUUCACUCGCCAAAUGCCAGUGGGAACUAAACAUUUUGAAUCCUGCUGUAUUUAUAUUUUUCUAAAUAAUAUAUGUUCUACAGAGUGAAUAAUCUUAUUGUCUGCAAGAAAUGUGUAUUUCGUUAUUCAAUUCUGACACUUCUUACAGGGUCCUGUAAGAGGAGUGGUUUAUGAAAAUAGUUGCUCUAGGUAUUGUAACCUAAAGUUUGUAAAAUAUGUGAGUUACAUGGAAUGUUACACCGAAGAGAUUACUUACACUAAUAGUAAUUAUAUAAAAAGUAGAGAAAUAAUGUUUUCAGUUUAUUUUUGAGUAGUUUAUUUACAGAGAGGCUAUGUUGAAGAGAUAUUUUAUAUUAUCUUCAAGAACAUGUGCAAAAUGUAGGUUUAAAAAAUUAUUCUCAACUGUUACAAAUGUUUUUUCUUACGUUUAAUUGAGGCAGAAUCUUUAUUUUGUUUUAAAACAUUUUUGGAAGGCUAUUCCAAGCUUGACAAGCUUUGUAAGAGAAGGCAGUUUAAUUUUAUUUUUGUCAUUUUAUGUGAAGUGUCAAAGGUGCUUUGACACAUUCAUUAUCUCUCCCCCACAAUCUGUUAGUACUGUUAGCUUUGUAGAAAGAGUGAAGAUGAUAAGGCACAUAUGUCAAUGGCACUGACAUUUAGGAGUUAACUAAUCUGCUUGUAUAAUCAUAUCACUGUGAUCGGUAUUGAUAGAACAGUGUGACAUUAUCAAUUAUGCAGAGUUCUUAAUCUACUGAGAUGGAUGCACAGCAAUGAUGCAUCCAGCUCUCCAUAGUCAAUGGGUGAUAUAUCAAUAUUUGUUCCACUAUCAAUUUUAACACAAGCCAACUCUAUAUGGCAUUACGAAGGUAGUUGUGUACUAAGAAACCUGUUUAGACACUUUCAUUUGUAAAUAGCAAACUAGUAUGCAUUGAUUACCUUCCUCUAUCAGAAAUCCUCUAUUUGGAGCAAAUCUCCCCUUUUAAAGUAAACAUGUCUAGCUAGAUAAGAUUUUAAUGUUGAUAAAAGAUGUAUGAGUGGCAGUACCGCUUUAACUUGAAGGGCACUAUUAAGCUUAGUGACCAAAUGUAUUUAGGAGCGUUUUUUACUUAAUUGACUCCCGAAGCACCUCUGAUGAAAUAAUUAUGUAAAACCAGCCUUUAAAGAUCCCACAUAAUAAUGGAAUAUCCCACUUGUUUGACUGUGACAGGGCUGUAUAGAUCUACAAGUGAAAUAAGCAGGGUAUUCCAUACUAGCAUAAGGUCUAUAAGGCUCAGAGUGUGAAAUAAGCCUGAGAUGAUGUUGGUCCUUAAAUGGUUAAAUUAUUAUUAUUAUUAUCGCCAUUUAUAUAGCGCCAACAGAUUCCGUAGCGCUUUACAAUAUUUUGAGAGGGGAGAUGUAACAAUAAAUAGGACAAUUACAAGAAAACUUACAGGAACAAUAGGUUGAAGAGGACCCUGCUCAAACGAGCUUACAGACUAUAGGAGGUGGGGUAUUUGAAACAUUAGGACAAGAAAUAUCAAGUAGGAGUGAAGCGGAGCUGGAGGAGAAAGCAAAGCACUGUCCCAUAGGAGAGAGCAGGAGACAGGUAUGUAAGGUAGAGAUUACUCUGGGAGGCCAUAAGCUUUCCUGAAGAGAUGGGUUUUAAGGCCCUUCUUAAAUGAUUGAAGACUAGGGGAGAGUCUGAUGGCAGUAGGCAAGCUAUUCCAUAGGAGAGGAGCCGCCCGCGAGAGGUCCUGCAAGCGCGAGUUGGCCGUACGGGUGCGAGCAGCGGUCAGGAGGUGGUCACGGGCAGAGCGGAGGGUACGAGGAGGGGCAUAUCUAUGGAUCAGUGAAGAGAUAUAAGCGGGGCUAGAAUUGUUCAGUGCUUUAAAUGUAUGGGUUAGCACUUUGAAUUGACUCCUAUAGCAUACAGGGAGCCAAUGUAAGGACCGGCAGAGGGGUGAGGUGUGAGAGGACCGACUAGAGAGGAAAAUCAGUCUAGCUGCAGCAUUCAUUACAGACUGUAGCGGGGCAAUACGGCUUUUGGGGAGACCAAUCAGGAGAGGGUUACAGUAAUCCAUGCGGGAAAUUACUAGAGCAUGGACAAGCUCCUUGGUAGCAUCUUGCGUAAGAAAGGGGCGAAUGCGGGCUAUGUUUUUGAGUUGGAACCCACAGGACUUGGCAACAAACUGGAUGUGAGACUCAAAGGUGAGACCAGAGUCAAGUAUGACGCCAAGACUCAUAAUCAUGACAUUAUAGAAAAUUAAGGGGUGCUUGUGACUUCUGUGUUUAAAAUGAAAUUAAAGCUUUAUUUCUAACCUAUUGCAUCAUUGAAGCAAUAAUAAAAUCUUUAUUGCUGUCUAAAUAUGCCUACAUAAUCUAAAACAUAUGUUUCUUAAAUGUGCAUAGUGUUACACUUUUCACUCAAUUCAGAAUAAUAGGUGUUGCACACUUGUGUUGUUGGAGAAAAACAAAUGUGUAGGUAAUAGUGCAUUGUGCUGCUACCACCAAUGCAGUUUACUGAACUUACAAAGAUUGCAUUACAAGUGUGGUGUCACUUGGUGUGAAAAAUCUGUCCAAAAUAUUUAAUUUCACAAAUAUGUGCUCUAAUUUCUCUAUUGACUUAUCCAUUUCCAAAAAUGAUGAACCUAGUGCAAAGUGUUAAAUAGUUGAAAUGGCCUUCCUAUACUCUGAUCUGUCCCAGUAAUGUGGGGUUAGGAAAUGCAAAGUCAGAGAGAGAAUUCAUAAGAGGUGGGGAUAGAGUAAGAAGGAACAUGGUGGAGCUCAUGAAGGGCUGGGGAUAACUGUGGGAAAGGAUUGUAGAGAAUAUGAAACAAGUGUUUUAUAAAAAAAAAAAAUAGGAGUAGAGUAUGUAAGAGAGGUAAGCAGAGCAAUGAACACAUAUGGAAAAGAAGACAACAGAAAGGGUGACCUAGAGGACUAAAGUGACUUCGGAGGCUAGCAAAUCAACAUGGCGGUUGGUGAUCAAAAAAAUGACUAAUGCAACCAUUGAUGUUAGGCACUCCCCAUUUUUUUGGUUUGGAAGGGACGCUUAUAAUUCAAAAGAUUAGGAUAGAAGAAAAGCGUAUCAUCUUUAUCUGUGUAGAUUAAAUCAAUGUUAUCUCGUGCUUUUUAAUUUUUACAUUUUUUUUUUAUUACAAAUAAUAGUGUGGAAGUAUGUGUAAAAUGGGGUGCAUGUAAAUAACUGCUUGUCAGAGAAUUGUCCGAAAUCCUUGUCUAUUGAUGGAAAAGAUAAACAAAAGUGAAUGGAAAGAGUGAUUGUAUCAGGACAUUUCUAAAUAUCUUUCAGGUGUGAAAAGUAAUUAAAAAAAAAAAAAAAAGUUCCAGAACUUUGCUUUAUGGUAUGAUUUGUAAGAUUACACAGCACAUGCCAACAUCUCCUGGCAUAAAAAGAUCUGCUGAAAUCUGUGUUUCUUUUGAAACAUAAAGGGACAGUCUUGGCACUAUAACCACUACAUGCUGAUAUAAAGGUUUUGGUGCUAUUAGGAAUUAGCUGACCUCACCGAUAAUGAAUGGCAUAAAGAUGAGAAUUAAAUUAAUAUUGCCAAAAUAGAAAGGAACUUUGCGUUAACAACUCUGUCAAGUUGGGGCCAGAUACAGGUGCUUGGCAUACCCUCUGUUUUGGGCAAAUCACUUAAACAGUUUGAUCAAGAACUUGGGGGAUAUUUCCCACAGCCUAAUGAUACUUUAUCGACUUGUAGUUGUUAUGGUUCCCAGACUGCCCCUUUCAGCCAGUUUCUUUUAUAAAGUCUGUGUGCAUCGAAUGUGUAUAGUGUUUGGGUAUAUGCAAUUCUGGGAAAACUUGUAAAGGAUACAUCCACAUUCUCUCAUAUUUAAAUGAAGUGUUACUCCGCAUGAUAUUAAUUGUCUUAACUUCUAGCCAGUUCAGUCCUGAAUAAUAAUGCGCAUGCUGCUAUCUCUGGCAAUUAACCUCAUUUAUAGUAACAACUUUGUUUCCCUGAGGUUCCUUUAGAUAUGGAAAGUACUGUUGACAAUUUAAUCUUGCUGAGCACUUGAACUAAAUGUCAUUCACCUUUUCCUUAUCCCACGCUUAAGGUUAGUUUUCUCCUUGGUUUCGUAUUCAUAGCUAAUAAAAGAAAAUCGCAUUGUAACUUGGGUGAAAUUCACAUUCACAUUUUAUUUGUAUUGCAAACCUUACAAAUUCAGUAGACAACAGAUAUAAUGUAUGUACUGUAUUUGUAUAUGGGUGUAUGAUUUGAAGUGUGCAUGGUUUGUAUUUGCAGUGUUUCACUAUGACUUCACCUCAGAUAGUCAUUGGACCGACAUUAGCUACCUCACUAUUCCAGAUGGCCAAUGCGAAUUCUGUGCAUAUUAAAGGACCACUAUAGGGUCAGGAACACAAACAUAUAUUACUGACCCUAUAGUGUUAAAACCACCAUCUAGCCCCCUGCCCACCUCAUGCCUCCCUAAAUAUAGCAAAAUCUUACUUGUAUUCAAGCCUGAAGCUGCUGUCUCUGCCCUGUCUGCUGACAUCAUCAGAAGUGGUAGACUGAUCCAAUCACAGUGCUUCUCCAUACGAUUGGCUGAGACUGACAAGGAGGCAGAUCAGGGGCAGAGCCAGCAUGAUUCAAACACAGCCCUGGCCAAUCAGCAUCUCCUCAUAGAGCUGAAUUGAAUCAAUGAAUCUCUGAGGAAAGUUCAGUGUCUGCAUGCAGAGGGAGGAGAUACUGAAUGUUUGGAUGUAUUUUAGGCAGCCAUUACCCAAGAAGGAUCUCUAACAGCCAUCUGAGGAGUGGCCAGUGAAGUUAUCACUAGGCUGUAUGGUAACCACUCCAUUUUCUCUGAAAAGACAGUGUUUACAGCAAAAAGCCUGAAGGUAAUGAUUCUACUCACCAGAACAAAUUCAAUAAGCUGUAGUUGUUCUGGUGACUAUAGUAUCCCUUUAAACACCUGUCUUCAGCAGGCUGCUGGUGACAGGUGUCCAAUAGACUGCCCUUUGGUGACAUAUCCCUGACACAUCUCCUCCAGCAAAAUGAAGGGACAUCAGCAAAGGAAUAUUGGGCUGCAAGGAGAACUUUGUGGCGGCACUGGAACAUAGGUGAGUCUGUGUCCCCUAAGGGUGGUUAGCAGGCAAGUUCAGAAGGGAUAGAUUGUAAAUACAAGUCAAAAGAUAAAUAAAGUCCAAAAAUCAGGAGAGCAGAAAGAUCCCCAAAGAAAAACUCCCAUUUGGCUUCCUCACACUGGAAAUGCACACUGUGUUUUGAACUGUUAAUCAGCAUAAUAUUCAAAUCCACGUCAUACCUUACAGCAGGUUCAGCACUGAAUAAUACACAGGCUGCUAUCUCUAGCAAUUAACCUCUUUAUUGUAACAUUAUUUCCCUAAGGUCUUUUUAUGAUAAGGAAAAUUGAUAGUUUAAUGUUGCUGUGAACUUGAACUAAAUGUCAUUCACCUUUUCCUCAUACGAUCCUUAAGGUUCAUUUUCUCAUUGGUUUAAUUAGCAUAGUUAAGAGAAUUGUGGCUGUGACCUUGGGAAUAUAUGGCAUUUCAGCAGCAUUGCAAGCUGUGCCAGUUUAGCACUGAACAGUAAUAAUUCAAAAAAACAUUUCAGAUUUUUAUUAUACAUAUACAUACAACAGGAUUUUAUGUAAAGUACAUACAUAUACAACAAUGCAUUAUACUGCAGACUGAAAUAUACUGUGAGAAAAAGCCACUAUUAGAAUCAUAUUUUAACACAUGGCACAUAUCAUUUGCAUUGUACCUGCCACUUAUUACAAACAAUUUUAGAUGGCACAUCCGAUAUGAGAAGGGAAAUUAUGGGGAAGCAGAAGUCUAGGAAGGCUGUAAAAGAAAACAGGUUAGGGAGAAGAUAAGAGGAAAGGAGCAAUGUCUUCAAAGUUAAAUCUAAUUGUUCAGAUAGGCACAUAUGUUCUCAUGAUGGAUUAAGACCUUAGAAUUGCUAUCUCCUGGACUGUGGUGCCUGUCCCCUGGAGGGAUUUAUUGAGUGAAUGCCAAUGAGGAUUUGGAAAACAUGCGUCUUUUGUUUGUUUUGUUUUUUAAUAUAUGACUCCGAUGCCGCAAAAAAUAAAUCAAUCUACUACAUAGGUGUCAACAGUUCAGAUUUUGCAGGGACAGUCCUGCAUUUUGGGGUUUUGUACUUGCAAAAAUGGGUUCUGGUGACCUGUCCUGCUUUUUGAAAUCUGUCAGACAGAUUUUAGAAUUCAGGAAGGGACAAGGCACUAGUACCAUAUGAUGUUCUUGACUGCAAAGUGUCUCUGUAUCUCUAUCUCCUAAUGAGACAUCUGUUCUGGACAAUGGUGCCAUAGUAAUAAACCUCAGUAGUUAGCAGGGGGUAAUAGUAAUUGGUUGUUGGAGGUCACAUCAGCCAUAUACUUAGCAUGUUCCAUCAGCUUUGGGUUGGGGGUGUUGCAUAGCUAAAUACCAGAGCCCUUAGUCACUCUCCCAAGAACUUUAUAUCUAGGACAGGUGCUCAGAAUGUGUUUGAAGCAGCUGGACAGCUUAAGAUGUUCUGCAUUAGAAAAAUAGUAUGCUGUGCUUCGCUUGUACUGGCUUUUCUGUGAUUCACCAUGGUCAGUAAGUAGAGAUGGGCUGUUGUGGGCUGUUGCUGCUAGGAUAUACUGUGACUUCUUGGCCUAGUAGGCCCAACUUGCUGUGUGUUGUUUCUGUGCACAGAAAUGCAUAAAAGGGGUACCAGUCUGCUCAGACAAGUUUUCCAGUAGUAGUAAGGAUGGAUAGUUUAUCUUCGUUGCAAAUACCAAGAUGUUUAUUUCAAAAAUGUAUUUUUAUCUGGAUGUUCCCAUCAGUUUGACAAUGCUUAUGUCCUGUCUGGUUGCCAGCUUGGCUUCACCCCCAAAAGGAUUCUGAAAAUGUGAGAAACUUUUCAAAUUACUUUCUCUCUGUCAGAAGGAAGAUAUAGUCUGUGGCAUUUUAUAAAACAGACAUUGUUCAUCUUCCCAGUUCCCUUUAGUGUGUGUGUGUGUGUGUGUGUGUGUAAUUAUUAUUAUAAUUUUUUUUUUUUUUUUUACUCUUGUGCAGCCUUUUGUAAAACUGAACAUUUUAAGUUAUAUAAGCAAUGAAUAUAGACCAAAUACUAUGAGAUUGAGCUGUUACGGGGGCAAAAACUCUUGUUUUGUUUGUUCAUUUAUUUUUAUUUAUUUUUUCAUUUUUCAUAUAUUGUACUAAUAACCAUUCAAAAGUGCAGCUAAAGAUAAGAAAAUAAAACCGGAUAAGCCAAAACAGUGUGUCCCUAUUCUGAAGUGAGCAGAGAGAAAUUGUAAUGGGCCACAAGAUAGAUUUAUAGCAGAUAACCAGAUGCUUGUUCAAAUGCCAUUUCUAAAAAGUUUUUGUAAAUAUGUAUUUAAUCAAGAGUUUCAUUGUCUAAUAAAAAUUAAAAUACAAAAAAUUAACAAAAAGGCAUACUGAGUGAUCAAUAUGAGGCAUGCAUGUCUCAGUAUAAAUUAAGAGUAUAUUCUGGGUCAAAAUACACAUCAAAAAUACCACGUUAUAGUGCUCAUAUCAUUCCUUAAUACGCAUAAACUGUAACCAAAACCUAGGAUUUUGGUGGGGGAAAAACUUUAUGCAUCCCAAUUACUCAGAGCCUGAAAUAAAUCCACUUUUGACAUAUAUAUGUUAAUGUGAUGCUAGUUGAAGUCUGUCAGGCCAAUUUUAUUCUUGCUCUGGCUUUAUUGGUUCCAGUAGUUAUGCAUGAUCCCCUUGUUUUGGAUUUGAUUGCAUUCACAUAGUGUAAUUCUGGAAACAUUUGUGAAGACAAUUAAUGUCUCUCUACCAAUUGCACCAUUAGCUGGUACUUGGAGUGCCCUGGUAAGUGACAAGAUACUUAAUGACAACAUGAAUCCUCAAGUGCUACAUACUAUGGUAGAGUUCCAUUGGCAUGCUUUAGAAGUCUGCACAUAGGGCAUAUAGUUAAAGCUUAUAUCUUAAACAAAUGGCUAGAAGACCUGUGAUCAUUACUAUAUAUUUUAUAAUUGCUAUAAAAUAUACUUACAUUGUCUGUAGUUGUUCUUGGAGCUAACCUAUAUAUAUCUGGUUUUAUGUUUAAACAGCUAAGAAGUUGCCAAAAAAUGAGCCCCAGAACACCAGUGGGGCUACAGGUCGGAACCGAGGAGUAGAUCUUCAUGAGCAGUCGCAACAAAGUAAGAGCCAGUGUUGCAGCAACUAAGAGUGGAAGACAGAGAGUGAAGGGGGAGCCAACAUACGAUUUAUAACCUCUAUUCCUGCAUCUGUCCAUCUGUCCUCCAGAAAUACAACUUAAUACCCUUCCAGCACUCCUCCGCCAGGACCUUUCCCUUCGCACAACUACUCCACCGGGUAACAGCACACAUGGAAACAAACGAACCAGCUUGAAACCCCCAGCCCUACACCGUCUCAGCCCUGGAAAAGCUCCUUGUUAACUCUACUUUUUGUGUGUUCUAUUUUCUUUGUUUUUUGGGGUUUUCUUUAUGCUUCCCACAAACACACUCAAACUAUUCUUGGUGGCACAGCAAAGAAAUGCGCAGGAACUAUGCCUUUUCUAUAGAGCAAAUCUUGCAAACAAACUCUAAAUACUUUGUAAUAUAGCUACAUAGUGACUUUAUUAUUGAUCUUUUCAUUUCUUAUAGUGUCCGCUUUAUGUAUCCCAUUUUCAGGCCUUCAAACUUCAAUGGCGCCUACACAAAACAGAAUUUACCACUUGUAAACUUUUUUUUUUUUUUUUUGUUUCUUGCUACAAAGCUACCAAAUGUCUUUUAUUUGUGUGCCUGCACUUUGACCGUUGUGGAUGGUAAAUAAUCCAUCCACUUUGACCCUUCGCACACAUGACUGAAAACCAUGAAGAGUGGUUACUUAAAUGAUGGUGUAUCUAUUAUUUUAAGCAAAAAAACUGCAGUCCGUUUUUGUCCUUCUAGCUUGUUUAGGAGAGUACAAGCAUCUUUGCUUUGCUCAUUGACGUUUGAGGUCUUGGUUAACCAGCAGGUUUCUGAUUCCUUUUUACGUACAGGUUUGGAACACCCUUGCUUCCGUCUUUGGUGAAAUGGUUAUCUUAUGGAACCCUUUUCUGGCUUUAAAAGUGUGUAGUCUAAAAACAGAUGUGUUCACAAGGCAAUUUGUAAGUCACUUGUACCAACAGUAUUGUACACAUAGAUAUUUACUAGAUGGUGUGAACUGCCUAGGCUUUUAUUUCUUUUGUAAUUUAAAUUUCACUCCAAAUUUGUGUUCUACCACUUUUAAAAGGCAGGUAAUUUGGGUGUUUUUAUCAGGGGAAUUUAUAGAACAAUGUCUGUCUUUACUGGAGAACAUGAACACAUAUUGUCUGUGCUAAUCGUUAACUAAUGCCACUGGCUUAUUUAUGUGUAAAAUAGCAGUCAUGUGAUGCCAUUAAAGUGAAUAGGGUAGAGUUAUUCAUACAGUUCAUAUGUAGAAAGCUGUUAAUACUAAUUAUGGGUUAACAUAGUAUUAACUUUUAUUUUGAGUUAUAUCUAAAAGGAGCUUAGGGGUUCCUUGGGUUGACAUGAACAUUAAGAAUUGGCUUGGUGAUGCUGUUACACUGAUUCAGAAAGUAAAUGUAGUGGCUGGUGUUUGUGUGAAGCAUUUUGAUAUAACCCUAUUCCAAAUAACCUGUGUGAAAGGUUUUGAGCUGGCCAUAUACAUGUUGUCUAAGAUACAAGAUAAUCUUUCUUCAGUGCCCAUGGUAAAAAAAAGAUUAGCAAAAUAGAUGUAGCUUUCUUUUCAGCCCUGUUUUUUUACAUUGCAUUUUUUUAUUUCUUGCCCCCUGUUAAACCUGCGUGUGAUUAAGUAUUGCAUAUUGGAAGAACUGCCUUGAGCAGUAUGCACUUUAGUUUACAAAUGGUUGAAAGGUUGCCUUGAAUACGUUUCUUUAAGGUUUGUUUCCUUAACCCAAUGGUAUUAAGAUUGUCCAGUUAGCUCUCUAGUUUGCUGCAAUGAGGAGCUGAUCAAUGUCACUCCAUUUCAUUAGGGCUCAUCGGCAUUCCACUGGUUCUAUCUCCGCUUCUUUUCCAUUACUUUUAAGAUUGUUCACAACAUCCAUGUCUCUUGCCCUGACUGUUUACAAAUUUUUAAAGGUUGUUCUCCUAAACAGAAGGAGCCGUUACUGGGCCACAAUGUACCAAAUCUAAGGCUUGAGAUACUCUAUUCUGUACACUAAGUGGCAUGGCAGGUAUGUGCCUUUCUGCGUGUAUGGGUUUGUGUGAGUGUGAAAUAAGUGUUCGAAUUAUUGGUGGCUUUCUGGAUUGUGAGAUUAAUCUUGACUUGUGCCUUCCUUCCAAAGCUGGACUGGAGAGUUGUGAACAUGUCCUGGUGUAUUUAAAGACAUUUUUAUAUAAGAAAGUCCAAAAUAUCAUAAAAUAAAAUGUACCCAGGUAGCUUCCCUUUCUAAUUCGCCUUCUCUCAUAUCUACUUAAACACCUUCAUAGGGACAAUAGAAUGACAUUAAUGAUUCUUGACAUCUUGUGGAAUGUGGGCUGGUAAUGUAAAUCUCAUCAACAGAGUACGCCACCUUUGGUCACUUCAGAUAUUCUGUGGAGUUGACCGGGAUUAUGGUGAAUUUGAAGUUCACAAGAGAAAGGGGCAACUUUGUUUCAACGUUUGCUUCUGUGUUGUCCCAUUAAUAGGAUUUCCUGCCAAGUUUUCACUAGACUGUACCAUCAAACUCUCGGGGUCACUGUAAGAACCCAUACCAUUUCAUCUCAUUGAAGUGGUCUGGGUGCAAUGUCCCUGUCCCCCUUAUAUCUGCAUGAGAAUAGCUAGUGUCAAGCAAAACCCCAUAGGAAAGCAUUGAUUCAAAGCUUUUCUAUGGGGAAGGCCUAAUGCGCAUACACAUUAGGCCCACCCCCUCCUUUAACUGAUGUUGGCAGAGGACAAGCACCACCCACUACUGAUGGACUUCAGUGUUGUAUUCUGGUAAGUGAAUGAAAAGGGUAUAUUUUUUUUUUAACCUUUCAUGGACAGGGGGGGCUGCGUGGGCAGAGAAACACUUUGUGUUAGAAAUACAUAAUGUGUUUCUUUAAUAAUGAGAGAGAAUGGAAUACUUCAGUUGUCACGCUUGGGCUUCUGCUUAUCAGCCAGCUGGUUUCUCUUGACUGUAUAUGUUUUUCUGUAAAACUCUAAGCUCUCUAGUUGUGGAUUAUAACUGUGCUGUUCACAGACUAGAAAGCUGCAUAUUCCGGUGCUCCACUUUGAAGAAAGUAGAUACUAGACAACAUUUUUGUGAAAAAUGUGCAGAGUUACAAAGUGCAGUGUUGAAUUUCACACACGAACCUCUUUGCAUCUUCACAUUUACAUGUCAGUAAAUUUAUAUUGCACUGAAAAGUUCCUUCAUAUACCUGCACGUCAGUCCUUGUUGAAAGAAGUUUGUUAACCAAUAACAACGGGGUAUCAUGUUCUACACUGGAAUAUAUUGCAUGCUCUAAUGCACAGGAGUUACAAGACCUCAAUUCAGGCUUUACAUUAAUCAUGUCUGAGUUAACUCUUUACGGUUUACUUAGAACAUAAUCAUAUUCUAGUAUUGCAACAUACUGCAUUAAGACUCUGUAGGACUCGACCUGUAAUUCCAAUUCUUUAUAUAGCGCAAACAUAUUUUGCAGCUCUGUACAGUAGAUAAACAAGACAAAAAAUAAAUUCUAACGAAACAUGAUUGACAUACUGGAACUGUAGGUGAAGAGGGCCCUGCACAAACAAGCUAACAAAAUAGUAAAUUGUUUUGCUUUUUUUCAUUUUUAUAUUGGGAGGUGGGGGUUCCUUAUGUUUUUUUUUUUCUAAACAUGAAGGGAGGAUGUGGGAGAGACUAUCUCAGUAGUGCCAGAAUUCUCUCCAGUUCUGUAUUGGUAUUUCUGAUUACUAAACAGGUGGGUGCAAGUGUUUGGAUUUUUUUUUAUUUUUUUUUGCUAGGCAAAUACCUGUUUGUUGUUUGUGCAGUUAAAACAUCAUGUACACAAACUGAAGUUUUAUUUUGCAGAUAACCAGCAUGUGCACCUAGUGGUUUGAAUUGUUUGACAUUAUAUAUUCUUUGGGGGUGGAGGGGGGAAAUUAAUGAUGGCUCAAUAAAUGUCCAUCACUUUACUUUCAAAAGGGUUCACUGCUGUGGUUUAUGAGAUGAUCUGAGACUCUGAAUCACUGGUGUUGGUCCAUUGUGUAUGCAUUGUCCUAUAAACGACUAGUAAAGGCACAUUUGGGUGACUGCGCAUUGCGAUACUGUCACUACUCGAUCUUUGAGAGGGAAUGGAAAAGCUGCUUUCUUAAUCAAUUUUUUUUUUUUUUUUUUUGGGUAUAUGGCUGGAAUCUGGACCACGUUGGUACAUUGCAAUUAUUCAAUUUAGAAUGCUCCUACUUUUAAUGUGCUUUUUAGUUCUUUGUUUUAAGAAACAAACACAAUCUAACUUAAGUCAUAAUCAGAAUGGACUUCUACCCCUGAUCUACCAGUGUAUUUAAUGUAAGUAAAAACAAAAAGACUGUGUGUGUAUAUUAAAUGAACUUACCUUCUUAA